AUGGACUUUGUGUACCUACUGCAAGUAGGUAUUGAAGAUUUUCUCAUGGCUGUGUAUUUGAUCCUUCCUCUUGCCAAAGCAGCUCCUCCGCAGAAGUCUGACAACUGCCAGGAUCUCAGAAUUAAUUAGCUUUUGCAAUGAUAGACCAUCAAGAUCAUAUCAUCAGGGUUGCGUUGAUUCAUCUGAACUGUUCAUACAUUACAAUUAUAUUUUUGCAAGUGGAAUAAUAUCAGUAAUUUUCUGAUCUGCCCCCGCACCCAGUUUCCAUGGUAUCUGAGAGCCUCCAAUCUGUUACCAAUCGCUACACAGAGUGAUCACCUCUCCUCAGUCCAGCUUGCCACAGUGAAAUGUGCAGAUUGAAACCAGGCUCUCACUGAAUACUAAAAUUGUGAUCAUAAACCAGGGGUCACCAACCUAAGGCUCAUGGGCCGGAAGCUGCCUGCGGAGGUUGUUUGAUUGGCCCAUGAGCCGCCCCUGAACUGAGCUGCCCACUCGCAUGCUGCGCUAAAGCAGUGCAGUGUGGUGCGGGGUCUCACUUCCGCGGUGCCGAAAAUUGCAAGGGGGGGGGGAACGAUCUGGCCCAGGCAAGAUAAACCUUGCUGACCUGUCAUAAACUGGAGCAAUAUUUUCUUAUGGAGCGCUGUGAAUAUGUUUUCUUGUUCUCUUGAGGAAUCAUAUGAGUUUCACCUAUAAGAAAGGGCAAAAAACUAGCCAGAAUGGAGAGAAGCUAUACCGUAGUGUGUAAGCCAGAUCAGAAUCAAUCAAAGCUGAUAAAUAGACAAAGAGGAUCAAUACUGUUUCACUGAGCUUCUAGGCGCAGCCUUUUACAGGAUCAGUUCUCUUGUGGGGGGAGAGAGCAAUGGAGACUUGUGUUCUUUUACAGAUAUGGUGAACACUCAAACUGAAUUUUAGUCUUUAAAGCACCAUCAUCUCCCCCCCCCCCCGGUUAAAAAACCCCCCACCAAAAAAUAGCGUGACCUUGGAGCAAUUUCCUCCAGGUUCCAGUUGAGAGCAGCAGUGGGAAAUAUCUGUUGUCUUCAAGCAAAACCUGGUUGGCCACUGUGGGAAGCUGGCUGAGGUGGCCUGUUGUGUGAUUCAGCAGGACUCCUCUUAUGAAAUCUCCCUGGCUUGCUCUUAGUAGCCAGCUGCAAAAACCUCUUUUCUCUUGUUACUGACUACAUUCAGCUUGUCCAAACUAGUUGGUUCCACCCUCAAUCAGUUGGGCAACCUGUGUUCAGCACCCAGUAACCAUCAGCCAUCAAGGAUAUGUACACACAACAGUUUAAAGUAGAUUUGAUUAAUCACGUGUGCAUGUUUUUCACAUUGUUCGCAUCUGUUGACCCAGUUGUUCUUUGUCCUGACGAGACACUCCUCAGUGGGCUGCUGGCUCUCUAACAGGCAAGGCUUUGAUAUACAAGUACGUUUUCAUUUUUUAAACUACGGCAUAAAUCUGGUAACACCUCCCCCCAAAAAAGUAUGUUUUAAUAUUGGCUGUUUUGCCCACUGUGAAAUAUGCUUGAUAUUUGGCUUCUGUGAAAGUUGUUCAUUAUUGUGCUAAUUUACAGACAAUUAUCUAUAUGGCACAGGUAAACAAAUAUAUCUCUUGUGCAAACCCACCAUGGACCUCAAGUUUCUGGAACUUCUAGAGGGUGGGGAAGUAGUAAUUGAGGUGAGGGGACAACAGCAUGAAUACAUCCCAUCAAGUACCACCCACUUGUAUAGUUGGGAAAGAUCAAAAUAGACAGGGAGACAAAAGGGCGCAAGAGCACACAUAAAGAAAGGGCUGCUGUGACCCACAUGCACAAUAAUGCCUUGUUGCAUACACAGCUCAAAAGCAAUUUAGCAAGUGGCUUUAGCUAGCAAACGACCCCAAAGCCUUCUGAGGAGAUUAUGUUGCAUAUCUGAAGAGGAUGCUUAUGAGAAUACUAAGCUCAGUGUCAAUGCAGUACCAUGGUAAUUAAGGCUUGAGGGGGUUCUACCCUUUGAAACACUUUUUCUCAUAUCAGUUACAGCACUUGCGUUGUAGAGGUCUUGUAGCCACGGAGCAAAUAUGCCAUUUUACUUGACUUAACUGCAGAGCAGCCCCAAACAUCCUGCACCUUUGGUGUGGGUAGAACCAGCCUUUGAUCCCUAAACAAGAUAGCAACAUCACAUUUCAUCUUCUUUGUUCAUGUGCUAUUUUUGGCUUUGGUUUCUGCAGAUCUGCUUGUACCAAGGCACUUAGGGGCUGAGAUGGGAGGAGAGUUCUGGUUUUUUUACCAGGAUAGUAUUUGGCAAUAAGCAAACAAAGCGGCAAUUGGCUCCCUAUUUACAUGUCAUAAUGAGGAGACAGGUUAUGCAAUCAUAUGUGUAAAGAGACAACAGGACAUUGAUUACUCAGCUCUAUUAUUUCACUCUUUCAUUGUGUUCUUACAUCACGACAACAUAUGGCUGUGAGAUGUACCUUUAGAGCAGGGCUACUUAACAUGGUACCAUGUAGAUGUUAUUGCAUUACAACUACUGUCAUUCUUUACUGUUGGCCAUGCUGGCUGGGGCUGAUGGGAAUUGGAGUUUUGAUUGCCCAGAGUUUUUAAUAUAUGCUAAUUUUGUUCUUUUAUUGUUAAUGUCUUUAUUGCUUCUCACUAUUGAUUUUACUGCUUCUGUUUUAUUUUUGUUGUUCAUUAGUGCUCUUGAGAUGUUGUUGGACUAAAACUCCCAUAAUCCCUGACCGUUGGCCAUGCUAGCUUGGACUGAUGAGAGCCGGAGUCCAACAACAUCUGGAGGGAACCACAUUGGCUACCCCUGGAGUAGUCUGUGGGUGUCACAGAGUGUGCCGGUCAGUAAUCACACAGAUCAUAGUUGGAGUUAACUCUUUAUUAGCAAAACAUGAUCUCCACCGAGCAGGCAGAGUGUCAGCAGCUCAUUCUCAGUAGGUCCCCACCUGCACACAGCCAUCUAAGUCCCUUCCUCCCCAGGGCUGUUGCCAAGCCUUUGGAGACUUAAGACUGCAUGCAGCCUGUUGCUGCUCUGCACAUUUCAACCCUCUUCUGGUUCUGGGAGAUCAAGGGGAAGGGGAGCUUGUUGCAGCAGGAGGGGGAGAUACCUGUGACUCUUCACCAGCCCAACUCAUCUCUGCCUCUUGACUUACUUCCUCCCACUCACCCGCUUCAUCUUCUGCCUCUGAUUCUGGACUUCUGUCUGCCAGACUCUCCCAGCUCACUAAGCUCUGUUACUCAUUCAGCUUCCAACACCUCCUCUUCCCAGUCUUCACCCCCUUCUUCCUCUGACCACUCACUUUCUGGGGCUGCAUCAGUGAGAAAAGGUUGUUGCCUUUUUUCACCAGACAGAAUUGCAGAACAGCCUUCCUAGCCAGCAAUUCUGUAUAAUAUCAGCAAUGGUAGUAUCAUACUCACAAAUGCUAGCAGAGUAGCUCCAUUAGAGACAAAUAUAUGGUCACUUAAGCUUUCACAACUUCUGCUUCAUGCAUAGGUCCUAAUCUAUAAAGUUUUAUGCCGCUGUAAAUGUGCUAAAUUUGAAAGUGCCAUGAUGCCUGUUUCUGUCAUGGAGGGAAGACCAGAGAUGUGCAUAUUAUUCUGGCAAUGCAUCACUGGAAGAGCUUGUUGAUUAUAUCCAAUAUUUUAUCAUCUUGGUGGGGAGAUUUCCAGCCCAGUGUUAUACAUAGCUUAGCUGUAAUAAGGUUCCUGUAUAGGAAGCUGGGGUAACUUGGUUCCAAGUGGUUAAGUAGCACAGUCCUUAGUGGUCUCAUGUGAUCUGGCAUGAAGUCAUUAGGAUGUUUGGACAAACAUGGUACACCCUUCAUGUGUUAGGGGGGCAGUGGAGUCAGGCACAGAUUAUGUGAGCAUGAGAAGGGGGCCCUACAUGCAUACCAUUGUACAUUCAUAGAGCUCCAUGUGAGUGGGAGGAACCUGGGCUAAUCAGGGUCUUCCUUUGCAUUGGAAUUUAUACAUCAGUAUGCAUGUAGGGCCGCUUCUCACGGGCUGCGUACAUAUUACUGACUGAAAAUGCUGCUCAGUUGUUCUUUUUCUGAAGUCACACUGAAGAUAGCUUCAGGGGGUAAUGUAUUGAAAUGCAGUAUUUCAUAAGAAACUGCAGGAUAGAUAAAGGAUAGAAAUGGAUUGUGGCUAAUGCCGUGUGUUUGCUGCUUCCCAAACCGGUGGUGGAAUGUACUGGAUGCAGAAUACACAGGAGUGUGUGCACAAGCUCAUUCUCCAAAUGCAUGGCCAGCGCGUGCAGAGACGGAAGGGUCUCGCUCCUACAGCCCUUUGUGCCUUAGUUUAACAUGUGAGGUGGUUUGUUUGAAUGCUUCUAUUUCUGACAAAGGUCAACAGCUAGUGUCCAGAACUUCUGUGCUGCCUGGGGGUCAUAGCCACCAAAGAUGGAAGUAGAUACUUCUUGCCCUUCCAGAAACCACCAGCAAAUAACUUUGAAACAUGUUUGGCACAUGUCCUCGGAAAAAAGGCAGGAAGCAUCUCUUCUGUGUCUCAAUCUUCUCUCUGUUGCACUAAUUGCAAAACCUCUCAUCCUUGCAUUUGGAGUUUCCUUCCUUCCUUCCUUCCUUCCUUCCUUCCUUCCUUCCUUCCUUCUUUCCUUCUUUCCUUCCUUUCUUCCUUCCUUAUCAGGCCCAUGGAUUCUAAUUAGGCUCACUUUAUCACCACAACAACCCUGCAAGGUACGGUAGCCUGGGAGGUUGUGAAUUGCCCAAGGUCACCCAAGAAGGUGCAUAGCUUAACAGGUACUUUCCUCCCAGAACCAAACUCAACAUUAUUUUUGUUGCACCUGGUGUUUUCAUUGCUGAGCUGGCAAGCGAAGCAUCUUUUUCAUUUUGUUGUUUGUCCUUCCUAGGAGCAGGUGGGGCUUUUGGGGGUUGGUGGGCAGGGGGGACCAUAACAUGGUGACUUUUGCCUGCCACUGAAAUAUGGGGCUGGAAGGACUAAUUAGCUAAUGAUUGUAAUUUGAGCUACAAAUGUGACUGCCAAAUGGGCUGGGAGUGUGCGCGUUUGCGACUCUGUAUAAACCGCAGCACCAAACACCUCCCGCCCACGCAUAUUUAACUGACAGAGAAAAACAUCUGCAACUUCAAAAAGGGGAAAUUCCAGAUGCAGCAUUUGUGACGUAGUGAGGGGGGGGGUGUUCCUCUCUGUCAACCAGGCAUCCCCUGUUCCGGAUUUGACAUUUGCAAAUCCUGCACCCCCAGGAAUAGUAAGAGAAGUAAAAUCACCUGCCUCAGAGGAAUCCUCUCUGGGGCGGGGGGGAAUGUGGGCUCCACAGCAUAUUCACUCCUCACCACUUUCCGUUACAAACCGAGCUGUCACCCGUUCCAUGAAAUCAAUCUGUGGUCUCUUGAGACAUAAGCAGGAUUACACAAGAAUCGCUCAAAAUAUAUAUUUAACUACAAUACUUUAGUGGAUUACAGAGCCAAGCUGAAAUGAACUAAAACAUCAGAUCAUCUCUCUGGCUCUGUGUUGGAAAUGCAUGCUUUGGCCUGUAAGGUGCCGUGCAAAUGUCAUGCCAGCUCUCAGUUAACCAUGCUUAGGAGCCUGGGAACUACGGGAGCAACUGGAAUUGUGUGUGUCCUCUCCCCAGGCUUGAAUACCUGUGCCUGCUCACACUGUUCCUAAACAUGUUUGUACAACUGCAAAAUCAAGCUGUGAACUGCAUAUGAUUUGCUCUAAACUGGGAGCAUAUGCUAUACAGUAGUUUGCAAUCAGACCUGCAGGUUGUGAAGGGGAAGAGGGCUGAGGAUCCAUCAGGAGACAGUUGGCUGUUAUUUUAUUUGUUAGAGAUGCCCCCAUCACUUGGCAGCUGACAAUUAUAACAAUUAAACUGUUAGCAGAAUAAGACUAUAUCCUUAAUCCAUUUUCUAGGAUGCAUGAGCCUCCGUGGUCAAUCCAUCUACUUUUAUAAAGGACAGACAGUGUAUGGCCUGGAUCUUUUUGGUCUCUCUCUCUCUCUCUCUCUCUCUCUCUCUCUCUCUCUCGUGUGUGUGUGUGUGUGUGAGAGAGAGAGAGAGAGAGAGAGAGAGCGCUCCAGAAGGGUAGGAAUAGAGUUGCCACGUUGUAUGGGAAUGUAGCUGUUACCUGGAGUCCUAGGCCUCCCAGCUGGUAGCCUGAGCAGUGUACCAUCUGGCUGAGAUUUUAAGAUUAAACCUGGAAAAACCUUUGCUACAGUCAGUGGUAAGCACGCAUAUCCCCCCUGCAAAUUUGCAUAUUUUGUUGGUUUGUUUUGCUGUCUCCCCCCCCCGCCCCCCAUGGCCGUUACCUACCUUGAGCUUAGUAAGAUGUGGUAUAUGGGUCAAAAAUGCAGCAAACAAAACAUAAAUAUGUCAUUGGGAACAUACACUCUUUGUUUCAGAAAAUAGUCACAGCUCAACAUGCACAUAGACCACACCCACCCACCCAGAUGGAUGGAUUGAUUCAUGUGCACAGCAUUUCUAGAAUGACAGGCAGGCACACUGAGUCAAGACUAGUGCACAUACAUAUAUCAACACCCACGCGUUCCUACACAGAGCAGUUGUAGAUGCUGACUCCCCUAUCCUGCCGUGCAGUUUUAUUAACAGAUUGAAUACAGAGAUGAGCUGAUCACAUGCUAAACAGAAACCUAAGACUAUAGAAUAUGCAUAUAUAAUACUAGAUGGGUGCACAUGCAAAACACAACACAUACACCAGGAAAAAAUGGAAAUUGUGGCACUGCUUUUUUUUUUUUUUUAAUUAAAUAUUUUAUUAAGGAUUUUCUUGUUUUACAGAAGUAAGUGUACUGCCUCGUAUAUAUAUUUUUUUCAUGUAACAUUUUUACAAAUCCAUUUCAUUUGUUGAGGCAUUAGGGGGGAGAAGAGAAAAAAAAAAACUGAAAAAACAAAGGGGGGUGGAGAGACAGAAGAUGGAUGGGGGUGGGGUCGGGUGGCGGUGUUUCUAUUAUGUUUAAUGUAUGUAGAGUUUGGUGUCAGCGUUGCUUGUGUUGUUCACUUGUGUUCCUUUCGUGGUGAGAGAGGUUGGGGUUGGCCUAGGGUGUGAUUGUCUGCUUGUGAUUGGCUGUGGUGAUCUUUGUUUUCGUGUGUGAGUGAGGUGGGUGGGUGUUUUGGAUCAGGUUAGCCAUAUUGAUUUGUAUGCUGUUGGUGGAUUAUUGUCAUUGUCCUGUUGGGCUGUGUAUGUGAUAAAGGGGAGCCAUACCAGGGUGAAGACGUCGUCUUCUGUUUGUCCCCGUGUCAGUUUCAGUUUAUUAGUUAAUUUUUCUAGUAGGGCUGUUUCCCAUACUAUUUGGUACCAUUGGUCCAUGUUUACUCCUGACAGGUCUCUCCAGUGUCUGGUUAUGGUGUUUCUGGCUGCUGAAAGUAGGUGGGUUAUGAGUUCUUUGUGGUGUAAAUGGGCAUUGUUGUCUUGGAAGAUGUUUAGUAGGGCCAAUUCUGGGGUGAUGUCUAUUACUUGCUUAGUUAUUUUACAUAUUUCUUGUAUGGCUGUUGUCCAGAAUAGUUGGAUUUUGGGACACUCCCACCACAUGUGGAGGUAUGUGCCUGUGGAGGUGCACCCUCUCCAGCAUUUUGGUGAGGUUCCUGGGUGUAUUAGCGCUAAAUUGUGGCACUGCUGACGUUUUUCAUGUUCACAUGUAUAAAUACACUUAAAGGGACAGUGAACAGAACUGCCACCUCAAACGUAUUUUCCAUUCAUAUGUGUCAAUGUGCAUUUAAAUAAACUUCAAAUAUAGAAGUGCACACAUAGCUUUGACAAUUAGCCAAGAGGCAUUUUUAAAAAAAGAUCUGUUUGCCAUUUCAGCACUAAUCAAGUGGGAACCCUAACAGAGAUGUGCAAACACCUAACAGAGUUCAGACAAACAUGACCUUUUGUGGCCAAUACAUUCCCUCCACCCACCUCAGCUUGCAGGCCUGGGAACUCCAUUCACCUAUUCCUCACCUGCCCUUGUGUGUAUAUGUUUUCCUCCUCCAUAGCAGCAGGCAGAUGCUGAUAAUCAAGCAGCCCUGCCCUGGCUCUGGGCUUAGAUUUCUGCCAAGAAGGAAAACCCUGUUGAGGAAAUAAACAAAUAACAGUGAUGGGUGUAACAUCUGCCUCAGCCAAGGAGUGAGCAGGGCAUGUGGAAUGCAUUAGUUUAGCCCUUUGUGGGCCAGAUUUUCAAAAGCACCCAACUCCAGUUUCAGUAUUGCAGUAAGGGCCAAAGAGUUCCCUACCAGUUCCUUUCUUGUGUCCUACAAACAAAUUGCUAAAACUGCUGUUGGGCCUCCUCUGCACGCCCAAGCUAUGGGCAUAUUGCACAAUGCCUACAAACCUACAGGGACGCACACAGACACAGACAUGAAGUGUACCACUGAAUAGUAUGCAAGAUGGAGGUCUGUGUGUGCAAAGCUAGAGAAACAGUGCUCUUCUUGCAAUCAACGAGAUGUAACGAAUGGAAAGGAAGAAAACCUUGUGUGGAAAAGUUGCAGCCUGUAGUUGCAACAAACCACUUGCAUAACCAAGCACAUAAAAAGAACCUCCAAGGCCACAAUCUUCAGAGUCAGAUUGUUAAGUGGGCUGCCCACAGGCACAAGGGUGGUGUGGAUUAGCCCUAAUUUUUAAAACACAGUGACUGCUGGACAUGCUGGCAAUCUGGCUUUGCGGCAAACCAACCCACAUAACUCAUCACUGUGCAUUAAUUAAAAAUGGGUUGAUUUAAACAGCAGCAAAGGCAGCUCAGUUGGAAACUAGUCCCCACAUGUGUUCUAUCAGUCAGUCUUAACAUGCUGGCAAAUUCAAUGCACUCAAAGGAAAGAGGAUGAACCAGAAAAUAGUGGGAAGGCAGGGGUUUUUUUAAAACAACAACAAACUUUUUAACUGUGCAGGAGUGGACUUUGGUAAUAUUUCAUAGUAUGGCACCCUGUGCGAGGCCAAAAAUUUGAUGCCCCCUUUUCAUUUACGGAUCUUCUCAAUUUUGCACCCUCUUGACUCGGCACUCUGGGGGGGCGGGUACUGCUUGUACAGCCCUAUAUCCAGCACUGAACUGUGCUGCUCUGCAUAGAAAAGGAUUCUCUCUAAACCACAAACUACUAAUACACAGGUGGAACCUGUAACAAAAUGUUGCAGUGUGGACUGUUCCUGUUCAGGGUGUUAUUGGGGUUGUUGUUUUUAUUUUGAUCAUAUAAUAUAUAUACUGUGUGUGUGUGUGUGUGUGUGUGUGUUACCUGGAGGUCUCAGGGCAGUUCACAGAAAAGAUAAACAUAAAAACCACUGGUUUUUAUGUUUAUCUUUUCUGUGAACUGCCCUGAGACCUCCAGGUGGUAAAGGGCAGUAUAUUAUUCAUCAUUAUCAUCAUCAACUAUGCUUUUUUCCAGGAUAUUCCAAUCCAUCACAUACCUUUUUCUUUUUUGUCCUACCCCAACACUCUGUGACCACUGUCCAUAUUCAGUCACCAUUUAGCUGUCUCUCUGUGUGCCUUUUGUCCUCUGGGUUCCCUCGUGCCUCUAAAGAUUUUUCUGCUUCUGCCAACCUUCAGGUAUCCCUGAACAAUCUGUUUCCCAUUAGCUCCUUCAUAACUCCAUAGCUGUCAUAGCUCAACUUUCAGUUUGAUUCUAGUAUAUCAUAAUUCAGGAUACAGUUCAAUAAAGCUGGAAUGGCUCUAGAGCAGUUCUGAUUAUAAAGCUGUGUGCUGGAUCUUAUUGCUCUGAUCACAAUUCACAGGUUUCUGUUGAAAUGUUGGGUAUCUUCUUCUGAGCACAUUCUUAGCUCUUCUGAAGUGACUGAGCUCGUAUGUCCCAUGUGGGCUUGGUGUGCAUCUUAGGAUAUACCCAGAAUCAAGUUUUCGACAGAAGGUGACCCCAAAGAUAGAAGUUUGAAAACCGUUAAUCUAAGGGAACUAGGAUGAAUGUUUUCAUACUUUUUUUUAACGCCUUCGUCGGGAAUUCUGCAUGUAUCCACUUAUCUCACUUACCGUAUCUCACUUAUACCCAUUGUUCUUGCUUUCUCCAUGAAAACAGCAUAUAAGUAAUCAGUAGAUAUGGUUGAGAGAAAUGCAAAACAGCAAUGCAAAACAGCAGCGGGGAGGCCUAGAGGAAACGUGGAAGAGGGAGGGAGAGAUUCUUAUAGGCUUUGUGGAGAAGAUAGGGGGGCACUUUUCCAUCCUGGUCCUAAUUUCUGAGCCCGGGUCCCACCGCCUCGUUGGAUGGCCAGGUCUCUAUUGAGGAAGCAGCUCGUAUCGUUUUUCUUUUCUUUUUGCCCGCCAUUCUUCCUCCUCCUUUCACCCGCCCCUCCCCUCCACCCGGUGUUGUGUGCUUUAAUGUAUACAAUGAAGGAAAGAAGAAGUCGAAAGAGAACUGCCUUGCGCUGAUGUCAGGAGUAGGGCUGGCUCAGAGGAGGGUGUGAUUGAGUUUGCUUGAGCUUCAGUCAGCCCUCUGUAUUUUGUGCUGCCAACUUCCAGUGUGCUGCUGAGCCGGUCUGCAAAGCAAGGUACAGAAACCCCUCGCUUUCUUUUAUUUGUCUUCUGUAGCGACGCUUUGUUGACGGAGGUGUGUGUGCGUUUUGCGCGCUGCGCGCUGUAAGGCGCGCGCUAGGAUAAAGGAAUCCGGCAGGAUUUGGGGGGGGGGUAUUUGUUGUAGAAGUUUCAGUAGAUGAGAUGUGCAGGGGGGCAGUUUUCAGGGCCAGCAUGGUUGUGAACUGUCUGCUUUUUCGCAAGUGGACUGGACGGAAGCAGUAGGCUUAAAAACCACGAGAGCCCCGAGUUGCUUUGCUUGUCUGCGACCAGAGACAGCAUUUGGGGUGGGGAAAUGUGUGCAAAUCGUGCGGGGGGGGGGGGGAGAUCCUCACAGCCGUUGCAAACCCCACCACCACCACCAGCUUUUCAGUUCGACCGGAUUUCGUUGUCAUUAUUUUUGUCUGUCUGCAAGAGAGCGACAGAGCGCUGCAAUCUGGGAAGGGGCAAAAAUAGGUUUCUUUAAAAUAUGUAUGACUCCAAGGCGCGUCCCGGGGAAGCAGGCGGACGGCUUUCUUAUUUUAGCAGCAACGAGGGGAGAGACUGAGAGAGAACUUUGUGUGCUUUCGGAGGGGAGGUGGGGCGACGGGGUUGGGGUGUGGGGGGAGAAGAGAAAAAUGAAUAGUGCAACUUCAAUGUCUGUGGUGAUUCACCUCCCUGCCAUGCAGCAAUGUGGCACGUCGCUGCACCAAGAAACAAUGCCAGCCGCAAAGUUUUCUUUUGUAUUUAUUUCCCCACCCCCAUCCCACAAGAGGAAGGAAACCUAUUUUGGUCUAGCCUGCUGGAGGGAGGGGGGCUCUGGGGGGGGGGAAGACCGUACUUAGUACCACUUAAAACUUAAAUGUUCUGCUGCCGCUGCUAUCGGUUACCUCGUUCAUUGAAGGCUCUCUGGUUUUAUCUGACCCUGGGGAAGGCUUGCUUGGCCUCAUUUCCUGUGAAUAAGAGGGCGUUGAUUCUUCUGAUUUGCCACAGAUAACUUGACAUUGCAUGCCUCAGUUUCGUGCCAUGAGCCCUGUAAAGCGAUCCCGGAUUGUCAUUCUGAAAUGUGCCUCCUUCGCUUUCCACAUAGCUUUCUUUAUCUCUGCAAUGCAGGAGACAGUUUGCCCCUCAUUAACGGUGAGAUGCCGUCUAGAUGUUUUGGCAGCUUUCCUGAAGGAGGAGAGAGAAAGGAAUUGGCACGUUUGGAUUAAAAGCACUUGAUGAAUAUCUCUCGAGCUUCUAUUCUGGUGAAGUCCCUUCCUGCAGCUUUUGUUGCCUACUACAGUAGGGUUCGAGGAUACAAAGAGUCUCCUAUUUUUCUAGCAAGUAGGAUUUAUUUGAAAGUCAGCACUCCCAAGGUCUCCACUAGUAGGUCUUUCCUGGGCUGUUUCCUGUGAGAACGCUUUAAAUAAAGAUGCUGUAAAUGACCGUUGCGUGUUCCCCUGAGCUACAGUCUGCUAGAGUGCUUUGUACAUAUUUUUGUAAUUAAUGGGUGAGGCUUUGAUAAUUAUGUCCCUUAUGAUCAGUGUUGGAAACUGAGAUAUGAAAGCUAGGAGCUAAGUGGCACCUUAAACCGAGGUUAUGGGCGCAACAACGGAAUGUCUAGGCUUGCUUUUUUAUAACAAGAAUACAAAGCUGAAAAUGAACAAACUGCAGCUAAAAUCUUAAGUUCAUUUUUCACAUGGUCUAGUAUCCUUCCCCUGCCCACCCCCUUAAUAUUCUUAAGAGGGUCUCUUCUCCAGUCUUCAGAGAGUAGCUGGAAGUGGGAAGGCAGAAAAAGGUCCUCUUUUCCUUCCACUCUGCAGUAUUAAUCUGAAAUCUUAGGCACAGUGCUGCACACCAAGCUCAGAAGCUGCUCACACAAAUGAAAUUCCCUGUGGCAAAAUGCACCUAGAACAAUGGGAGUUUGGAACACUGCUUAUGAUUUCUGAAAUCCAUAACAAAAAAGGAACUUUAUGAACAUUAGAUAAUUUGUUGGAUGUAGCAUUAAAGCAGAUGGUGCAGGGUUUCACAGUGGACGGAGAGUUCUGAGGUACCCCAUGGGCCUGUUUAGGUUUGGAUCAGCCAUCUCUUUCCUCCUUCUGGCUGGAAGAUGGAGCUUAUUGAGAAAAACAGGUUUAUGAGGGCAGGAUGUGGUGGCAAUGUGGCAAAGCCAAACAGGCUGUUAUGUUACAGGCUAGACCUGUGGAUAAGUGCAAUAUUAUUAUUUUUAUUGUUAUUAGCAAAGUUCAGUUUAACUUUGUGCUUUUGUUGGAAGGCAAGAGGCCAAGGUUCAAAUUCUCGCUUAGAGAAUUGUGUGCUUAAUGUCCUUAGGCAAUUCACUGUUUCGUCAAACAAUCUACCUCAGUGAUUUGGAUAAAAUUGAAAAACACUGAAAAGUGCCUUAAAAUGGUAGGUAACAAUUCAACUGUUAGAAACAGCUUUGAAAAAUCUGAUCCUUUAUCUUUUGUGUAAACCAGUUAGUUGAUUCUUGAUCCUGUUUGUGUGUAAGACCCUGAGCAAAGGGCAUUUUUCCUCCAGCAAACAAAUUUAGGCCUUCCAAAUUAACUAAAUUAUAAUCUACAAAGACUGCUUGAAAGAGCCUCUCUCCCUCUCAAACUUUCUCCCAGGGGACACUUUGUUCAAAACUUUUCAUCCCGACAGUUUUAAAAUCGGAAUAGUAAUUUCCAAUAAAUCUCUUGUGAUGUUAUGAGUUUGUGUCCUGCGAUUUCGGAGAAUUGCCAUUUUUUUUUUUUGCUAGAAAGUGUAUAGGAGCUUUGAAAGUGUAAAGGAAUCUCAUGUGUUUCAAAUGCAUCUUCUGAUUCUGCCGACACAGGCCUUGGACAUUUGGUCAAUGCAUAACUUAUUUUCUAAAUUUUAAUGCCGAAUGGUUUCUGUAAAGACCUGGAUUUUUGGGGAGAAAAAGAGCAGAACUGUACUUUUUAGCUCUGGAUUGAUUAUCAGAAAAAGCUGAAAUUUCUUGGGUAUCUUCCAAUUAUUGAGGUUAGGUUGAACAGGAGGAAGAUGGGCAAGUGAUGACUCAAAGUGACAACAAAAAAAUCCUCUUAUUUUAUUGUUUGUGCUGCUCAGAAAUUCCUCUCUUGUGCUAGCCAAGUACUUGAUAUUUCAGCUAUUAACACAUCAGUGUUAUGCCAAGAAUAAUAUCUAGUUUGGUAUAGAAUGUUACAGCAGUGUUGCUCCGAGGAAAUACAAAGUACUCAAAGUGAGAAAGGUGAUAUUUUUUAUUGAACUAACAUCUGGUGGUUAACUGUGCAAUGCGUGUCUUUUGAGGAGCCUGUCUUACAGAGUUCAGUGGGACUUAUUCCAAGGUUAAGCGUUCAUAGGAUUGCGGCCUACAAGUUGGCUCUUUCAUAUUAAGCUUGUCACAUCCACAAUUUCCCGGGUCUGGGGAAGCUAGUUUUUCUGUGUCCUGUCCUGUCCUGUUGACAUUAUCCCAUUUAAGGACAUUGACAAACUAGAGUUUGUCUGCAAGAGGGGGACCUGGAUUUUGCGGGACUGGAAACCUAUGGGGAUUAGUUGAAAGUGGUGAGAAAAUUUAGCUUUGAGAAGUUACAUUAUAUGGUAGAUGGGCAAAGUGUGACUGAGGCUUUAAAAGUUCAUUUUCCUUAAAUUUAACAUUUCCUACUUCCAAGUUCAGCCUUUUUAAUAGGUUCAUGAGAAGCACAGGUUGUGGGGUAAUUUGCCCCUUGAAUAGCCUCAGCUCUCUUAAUUGCUCCAGUGUCAGUUUCUGUUCCCAAAGGGGAGUGGAGAGGCUUUAAUUGUUGGUAUUUCCUCAUUAUUUUGUUUUUUUCAUAGUUAUUUGUAAGCAUUCUCAUAAGAAAAAAUGAGAGGCAAUCAGUAAUUAAGGUUCUGCUUAAUAGAGACAGAAAGGAACACUUAAUAGGCUAUUGAUCAUUGAUUUCCCACCUCUUCAUGUCAGGAAGCAAUAAAACUGGCUGACCUUAUAAGGGAGAACGUGUUAAUGAUUGUGGUUUAUUUGUGAGGAAACAUCCUCCGACAGUGGUUUCCAAUUAGGGGUCCAGGGACUCCUGGGGGUCUACAGAACGCACUCAGGGGGUCCGCAGCCCAAUCCCUUGCCUCCCCCCACCACUAUUUUUUUGUCAUUUUUUCAUGGUAAUACAGUGGUACCUCGGGUUAAGUACUUAAUUCGUUCCGGAGGUUUGUUCUUAACCUGAAACUGUUCUUAACCUGAAGCACCACUUUAGCUAAUGGGGCCUCCUGCUGCUGCCGCACCGCCGCUGCACGAUUUCUGUUCUCAUCCUGAAGCAAAGUUCUUAACCUGAGGUACUAUUUCUAGUUUAGUGGAGUCUGUAACCUGAAGCGUAUGUAACCCGAGGUACCACUGUAUCACAAAUUUUAUGGCCUGUUUUAGCACUAUGCAAUUUUUCAAUAUAUUGGCCAAAAUUGGUUUUGAAAUCGCACUGCAAUAACGAUUUUGACCUGGCAAUAUGCAGCAAUAUAUUGCCCCUCAUGCAAAUGAGAGCAGGGCAGCCAAUUUCAAGGCACCACCGAUAUCUCACGAUUAUCUCAACCGAUAACGCUGCUGAUCUGAGCUCCCUUCCUCAUGUAGAGGAAGACCAAGGCAGCUGAUAACACUACAGCCUUUCGUCAUGCUGGCUGCCACCGCUGGCUGCCCCACUGAUGGUGGCUUGAUGUGCCCCCCCAUCCCCUCCCACUCAAACCAUGUGGUGGAGGUGACUCCGCUUCCUCUUCUUCCCCCACCCUCCCGAUCUCAGUGGCUGCUCCAUCCCCACACAUGAUCUCCAAUUUCAGAUAUCAUGAAAUAUCGGAAUAUCAUAAUGUUCAGCUGCUGAUUACCACAAUGUUAAAAAACAGAUAUUGCUGAGCCCUAGUCUGUUUUUUUUUAGUAUACCUAAAAUUCUUUCCUUACGAGGGGCUACCCCACAUCUUGUUAAAAAAAUUGCUUUGCGGAGGUAACUACCAUAGAGUUACCAAAAUUUUCAAAAGUAGGGGGUCUGUGGCUUGGCUUUUUGAAAAAUAGGGGGUCCUCAGUCAUUAGCUAAUUGGGAACCACUGCCCUAGGAGGAUCUUAGCCAUGGGGAAAGGGCAUUGCUGAAUAUUACUAUGCUAGAUUUUGCAGUUGCAUGGAACUUCCAUUUCUAAUCCCAAUCCCAGCUGUUUAUGGUAAAGCAAUGUCUCAGCAGCAGCAAAGGGCUGUAGUGCAGAAGGAACAAUUGCCUCAUUUACAGUAGUUCAGUCUUGAUGACAUGAACCUUGCAGCAUUGUUGGAAUCAGGCUGGGCUUGGCAGGCUUUAAUGCAUGAGGGAGGAGGAAGAAACAAGAGGAGGGGGCUGGAUGGUAGGAACCUGGGUUAGAGCAGGAAGGAUUCGCCCCUUCCCUGCCCCCAUCCCCCAACAUCAGUCACUUUGGAAGGGGGAGCCGAGAUGCCAACUCUCCCUUCUGAUCUUCCUUCAGAGCAGAGAGCCUCAGUGCGUGUGUGGGGAAAGGCUUUAAUCAGCUGUGGAGGAAGCCUGAACAGGAUGUGGCAGCGGCUGAACGGGAGGGUGCAGCCUUAUCAUCUAGAACCAGGUGCUGCCUUUGCACAUGGCAGCAGACCCACCUGCUCCCACAAUCUUUACAUUCCUGUAAGGCGAGUGAGCGUGCCGCUGCCCGUCUUUAAAUGCUUGGCAAGAAGAGCAGGAAAACUUGUUGGGAUAUUUUUGCUGCUUCUGUCUAGUUCCGAACUUCUUGUCCUGCUCUUGAACUCUGCAAUUGUGACACCUGAGCACAGUGUAUGCUGCUGAGCCUGUCCUGUUACUUGCCUGAAUAAAGAUGUUGUUGCUGUUUAGUCGUGUCCGACUCUUCGUGACCCCAUGGACCAGAGCACGCCAGGCACUCCUGUCUUCCACUGCCUCCCGCAGUUUAGUCAAACUCAUGCUGGUAGCUUUGAGAACACUGUCCAACCAUCUCGUCCUCUGUCGUCCUCUUCUCCUUGUGCCCUCCAUCUUUCACAACAUCAGGGUCUUUUCCAGGGAGUCUUCUCUUCUCAUAAGGUGGCCAAAGUACUGGAGCCUCAGCUUUAGGACCUGUCCUUCCAGUGAGCACUCAGGGCUGAUUUCCUUCAGAAUGGAUAGGUUUGAUCUUCUUGCAGUCCAUGGGACUCUCAAGAGUCUCCUCCAGCACCAUAAUUCAAAAGCAUCAAUUCUUCAGCGAUCAGCCUUCUUUAUGGUCCAGCUCUCACUUCCAUACAUCACUACUGGGAAAACCAUAGCUCUAACUAUACGGACCUUUGCUGGCAAAGUGAUGUCUCUGCUUUUUAAGAUGCUGUCUAGGUUUGUCAUUGCUUUUCUCCCAAGAAGCAUGAAUCUUUUAAUUUUGUGACUGCUGUCACCAUCUGCAGUGUGAAUAAAGAUUCCUUCCUUAUUUAAAGGUGAGAACCCCUGUCUGUGUGUGUUGGGCAUAUGUGUGCUAAGCUGCUGAUCUUCAACCAGGGCCGGCACACCCUGGUGAGGCAACAGCCUCAGGCAGCAGGAUCCAAAGGGGCAGCAGAUCCAGCCUCCAAGCAAUGCACUGCCCACUACUACUACUGCAGUGUCAGUGACAGCUGCAGCAUCCUCCUUGGGUGUUGGAUCUGCCCCUCCUUAGCAGCCCCCCCCCCAAUGUUGCCUGUACAGGAGCCUCUUGGGGAAUAGGAUGCACUGUCUCCUCCCAGCCCUGGGGAGGAAAUGGCCGGGGCUGCCCUCUGGGGUCUGCACCCACCUGGUGUGAUUCAGAGCAGUCCCCUUUCCCCUCCAUUGAUUUCCAAUUCAGUUGUCAGGUAAGGUUGAUUGGAUUCCCCACUUUGUUUCCAGUGUAGAUCUUUAUUCCCAGGUAGUUCCUGGUGUAGAUCUUCAUUCACCCCUUCUUCCCUUAGGGAGGGGUGUGUGCCAUUUUGUGGUUUGUCUCAAGUGUCAAAAUGCCUUGGGACAGCCCUGCCUUCAACUAGCGGGUCAGAACUCACAACUGCAAAGUCACCUAAAGUGGAUCGCAACAGCAGCACUACCCACUACCAUACAGCUACAGUAUAUGUUAAAAUUAAAAAAAAUUAAAAAGUGAGUUUCCAAAUGUGUAUAUAGACUAAGCUCUUGGGUUUGAAAAGUUUGAAGACCGUCAUGCUAAAUUACAGCUGGUGGGCCAGGCACAUAAGUUGCAGUAUUUGUAGAAGCCAUUAACUCUCAAAUGUAAACAGUUGGAAUUAGUUGCUGGAGUGUUGUUGUUUUUUAAUGUAUUUGAGGUUGGAAAUCAUAAUAUUAGAAACUUAAUGAACUUCUUUUUACUGCGUAUAAGCAGUAUUACAAAUAAAAAUACAGUAAAUAGAAUAAGAAUAUUUUGCCAAUAUAUUGUGAACAGCAGUCACUGCAACAACAUAGAUUAAAAAUCUGAGAUUCUUGAGAGUCUGACCAGAACCUGGAAGAUGCUCAAGUGCCAUUCUACAUAACUCAUUCUUGCUCCAGACUUCAAGGACUUCCUAUAUCUUACUUGUCAUCUCUGUGGUUCAGAUAAACCUCCCUGAUUGGUUUAGGGUGAAGCAGUUCAUCUUCUAUUUUGGUAAGACAACUGGCUCUUCCAGGAAAAUGGCCUGAGCCAUUACAGGUGGGGGCAAUGUGUUGGUGUACCUGGGCAACUGUCUUCCCCCACUUGACAAAGAUGCUGGGAGAACUGUGUGACAAAGAUGCUGGGAGAACUGUGCAUAGAUCUACUGUGGCAGGUUGCUAGCUCAAUAGGAAAGGGAAGCGGUGUUGGAGUUAGGGGUGUUUAAACUUCUCCCCUCCCUAGAUUUUCCUGAUUUGAAAUUGCCCUCCAGGAUUUAUUUGUCAUGCAAGGGAAAAUAUAGAAACAUUAUCAAGAUACCUGCAUGCUUGCCCUCGUCGUAGUUUCAGGGGAUCAAUAUAUUGAGCAAACAGCAUGGUGAAAUGAUUUAACAGUUCUGCAUUCUAGCUGCUUUUCCAAUCCAAUUUGCAGGUGGGGAUGCACAUGACUGCUGGAACUUUUUUUUUAAAAAAAUGAAAAACCAUGGGUGAGUUAAUUGUAUCUUUCUCAGCACCUUGCCUAGUGCAGCCCCACAGUGCUGAGAGCGUCUGUAUAUUCCUUUUGUUCAAGAGCCUAGUUACAGUGCACACAAAUCUGCAUAUGCCAAAGUACACAUUUACUCAAGAGAUCAGGGGCCCGUUGUUGGGCAAAUAUCACAGGACUUUAUAACCUCCCAAUGGAGUUAUUUUUAAUUUAGGAAAAUAAACGUACUUCCUGUUCAGAAAUUAACUAGGAAAAAUAAACCUGGCACUAAUCCAUAGGUGGCAAUGGUCCUCAGGCAUAUGGGGGGGGCGGUAAGCAUUUUUCAUGCCCUAGAUCUCACCACAUUAGUAUAGAAUCUGCUAUCUAUUGUGCUAAGGGAUUUUUCACCCUAUGUAUUUGCAAUGAAAAGAGGUAGUGGGUAGUGAUAAAGGGUGAUUUAAAGAAAACCACCCUAACAUUUGAUUUAGAUUAUGGAUUGCUCCUGUGUGGCAUCUUGAGCAUUUUAGCAUGUAGGCUAAUGUAAUGAAAUGCUAACUAUAUGCCAUUUCUUUUGAAAAGCCUUCAUGAUGGAGGAAAGCUUUGAAAUGUAUGCCUGAUUGUCCCUUCUCUCCAUUCCUAAUUUAUAUGCCUUGCCUUUCUAAAACCUUGCUAUAAAAUUCCACCCCAGAGGAGUUGCCAGAGCCUUUUGUAGCAGAAAUGGCCAUUUGGUGCUUUAAAAUUCCAUGUUUUUUAACAGCCUGACUCAUGAAAGCUGAUAAAGUUAUGUAGAACUAAGAAAAUACAUAGAAAUAUGCAGACUUCUAUUUUCUGAAAACGAGUGACCCAGUUUUGGAGCAGAAUCACCCUACGUCAUUGCCCUAGGAGUGACUGUUUCUCAUAGGCACAUCUAGCCUGAAGGCCUGCUUUUAUACCCUAUCAGUAUACUGUCUUAGGUGUUGUCAGCAGUCACCGUUUUCUCAAUAUGUGAGCAAACGUCUGCUCUGCCUUUGAAAUUGUGCAAAGUCCACACAGGCACUGUGCACAGGAAAGAGGUGUGUUUGCUUUUGAAUUACGGUUGAUCCUUGAGGCAUGCUUACACCCUGGGUAACGGAUGCCAGGUAGCUGAAGUGAGGUUUCUAAUGGAAGCCAUCAUUGCCUGGCUGAUGUUUGCAACCUGUCAGCCCUGGGAUCUGACUGCUCCCAGCCCAGAUACAAUCACUGGUUUUGGGUAGGAUUCAGCCACAUCCCGACAAAUUGAGGAUGCACGAUUAUUGUUGGCUGUGAAGUCUUGCACAGCAAACCCAUUUCCCAAGGAGACUGGAGUUUUUGAGGGAAAGGAAGUGAUGGAAAAAUGCACUGGAAAGUGUGCAAACAAAUCAGAAUGAAUCUUAAAUAAACAAGUCAUCUGGAAGUGCUCUCAGAGUAGUUUGUGCAGAUUCAACCUGCUUUAUUUAAUAUCAAUAUUCCCCAUUGUGCGACACCUGGCUUUUGAGUGUAUGUAUGAGGCAGGGAGAGGGAGCGAAAUGGUGGAGACGGCUGCUGCAUGACCUUCUUUCAGGGAAUGCAAAACUGGCUGAAAAUCCACAGGUGGGACAAGCAACAAGAACAACUGGAGAAGAGCAAGGCAGGAACUUGGACACCUCUUAGAUGGGGGGGGGGGUGGAACAACACACCAGAGGCUGCAGUAAUGCUUUUCCCUUUCCAAAUUUCAGGGGGGAGGGGAUAAAUCACAAGUGGGCUUUGAGAAUUCUCCUCUAAAAAUAGUCCUCCACAGAUUUCUCUUCAAACACUAUUUCCUUGUAGAAAUGUUAGGGGAGAAGUGCAGUUUGCCCCUUGCUGUCCUCCUGCUCCCAUGUAGCACUUGUUGUCCCUGAUGAACAAGCCAGUGGCAAACAUCACCACUUGGACCUUUCUUUCCUCCACCUGCCUAUGGCAGCUGUGUUGUUCUAACUAAACAAAUAGUGAACUUGGCCAGCUGAGUGCCUCUGGUUUGGAAGUGAAACAGGGCCACCCAAAAUCAAAAGUACAUAGAUACACAGAAGUAUGUAAAUCUGUACAGGACUUGUGAGCUUCCAGGAUAUAUGGAAUAUUGAGGCAGAGUGGAGGUUGGGUGGAAGUAGUAAAAUGGACUACUGGAUGGGAUCCAGGAGGAUUUAAAAGCAACAACAGCAACCCUCCCCUCCUUGCACUAUAUUUGGAUGAAAAGGAGGUGAGGGGAAAGGACAUACUUUGCUAUUCACACUCCUGAACCAACCACCAAAACUCAUCGCCCAUUCCAUUCACCACAAUGGGCACUUCCAGACUAUUGCUAUUUCUUGGUGGGAUUCAGUCAUAAACCAACAUUCAGGUUGCACAACAGUCUCACCCCCCCCCCAUCCGAAAACUGGACUUCUUGUGAUAGGGAAAGUGACAGUGCUUGAUGCAACAUUGUCUAACCUCCCAGUAAACUAGUCAGAAUGAAUGCUCAUUGAAGAGCCCAUGUUGUCAAACUUUGCACAAACCAAUAGGGAUGAAUGUUCUGUUAAGCAGGAUAUAGCCAUGAAAUGCUCAGAUUUGAAGUUGGCAGCAGCCCUAAACCAGAAUCCUCUUCUGCUCCCUUUGCCCACCACCCCACCUCACCGAGGCCUGAACCGUGCUACUAGACUUCUCUUUCAGGCUGUCUCUUAUGGGGGUGCAUUGCGACAUUUAGCUGUGUGUCCCAUUUGUCUGUCUAGCCACACAACCAUAUGCAGGCCUGUACCGGAAGGGGCACCUGGUGUUGUUUCCUUGUUGCAAAUCGCAGCGGGGCUGCCCUGAGUGUGUGGUAUGGUGAGGAAAGAGGCGCUGUGCUAGUAACAAACAGCUGUGGGAGAAGGAAAGGAGGUGGUUGAGCAGAAAAUGAUGUGGGGUCAGUUUAGCACAGCCUCUGCAACAUGAAGCUUGAGAUUGAUCUGUGUUUUCCAGAAAGGGGCUGCUGAUAGUAGUGUAUGCGCACAUCCCACUAUUCACUGCUGCUGACAAUAAGCAGGUUAUCAUACUGCUUUUUUUAAAAAAAAAAUCUGUUUGGCCAGAGAUGACAAAGGAGCAAGAGGAAUGUGUGCAUUCUUUGGGAAGCAGUGCCUCCCUUAGACCACUCACAAGUCUCUUUUUAAAAAAUUGUCUGUCUCCAGGUUCUAUUUAUUUUAUUGCAACUUCACUGGCAGUGCUAAGGCCGCAAUGUGGGGGUUAGGCAAAAAAAGUGAACAACAGAACAGGCAAUGAAGUGCUUCACAGAUGCAAAAUAGGUAAGCAUCAAUCUGAUUUUAACCCACGUUUCUUGACCUAUUGGGGGAGUUUUCAAACUCAGAGGAUUAGAUAGCCAUUUCAGGCGCAUGUUGCUGCUCCCAACACACCACCAUACCCCUUUAAGGAAUGGCUUGUGCGGCUAACUCAGGACUGAGGGGAUGCUGGGUGGCAGCCUGACAAAGGGAAGGCAUUGAAAAGAGCUCCUUUUCUUCCUAAAUUUUCUUCCUUUUCUACGUGCUUGGAUUGCCAACCACAGGGCCUGUCAUGUGUCUCUGUGAGAGUGAAGGCACACGGAAGGAUCCCACUUGAUUAUAAAGAGGUUUGGGAGGGAAAGUUUCUGGUCUGCAAGGGUGAAGACAAUAACUGUGUAGCCUUGAAAGAGCUGGCAGGGAGCAUGAUUCAGUGGAAAACAAGGCAGCGGUAAUGGGAACAAAUAAAGCCCACAGAUCCUACCUUCAUAUUUCACCUUUCUUGCCACUUCAAAGCCAGAAGCAAAAUCUCUUUCCUUUACAGCAGGGGCAGGGAACCUCAGACCCUGCUACAGACUACACCCUCUCACAGGCCCUGCUACACGUCCCAAAUAUUGUUGUCUGCAUGGAGUGUGUCCUAUUUUUUGGGGGGUGUGUGUGUGAAUGAAUUCCUAUGCCCCACAAAUAACUCAGAGAUGCAUUUUAAAUAAAAGCACACAUUCUACUCAUGUAAAAACAUCAGGCAGGCCCCAUAAAUAAGGCCCCACAAAUAACCCAGAGUUGCAUUUUAAAUAAAAGCACACAUUCUACUCAUGUAAAAACACCAGGCAGGCCCCACAAAUAACCCAGAGAUGCAUUUUAAAUAAAAGGACACAUUCUAUUCAUGUAAAAACACACUGAUUCCUGGACUGUCCAUGGGCCGGAUUUAGAAGGCAAUUGGGCUGGAUCCAGACCCCGGGCCUUAGUUUGCCUACUCAUGGCCUAGAGGGAGGAUAGUGUCAGUGUAGAAACUAGCCUGCUGUACGAUGAUGAAAUUUAGAUUGCUUGCUCCACCCACUUUAACCCACCCACAUUUGUCUCUGGCCCUUCGCAUCCCUGGUAUGUGGCCCUGGGAAAGUGGCCCCUGAACUGAAAAAGGUUAUUUAACUCUGCUUUACAGAUAUCUCCCAUGCCCAUUCCUUGCUUCUCACUGGUCUGUCAUGAUUGGACAGGAGAGGAGCGACUGUUAUUAGGUCAGUCAGUUGUAAACACACACACUUAGCAAUUUUGGUUCUACACAUCAUAUGUAGACCUAAGGCCCACAAAUGAUGUCAUGCAAGAGAAUCCACAGUCACACUUAACUGUAAUGUAAGCAUUGCACAUUAUAGUUGAAAUCAAGGGGGCUGGCUGAGCAUCGAUGCACAGACUCACUGUGGAGUCACAAGCCAGUUAUUUUACUCUAAGAACAAAGGAGAUGAAUGCUUAGCAUUGCCCCUGCCAUGCUAGUUGUUUUAUUUGUUUCUUAUCGCUUCUUAAUGCACGUCUUCUCAUAUUCCCUGGAAGUAGGUACAUGGUGGUGCCGUGUAACCAUGCAUCAAAUUGUUUUGAAAUGACACAUGAGGGUGUUGUUAAAAAUGUGCGUGGGCAGAAGUACUGCAUAUUGGAUUUGGCACUAUUAUUUGGGAGCUGAGUGAAUAAUUUAUUAAGUAUAUUCUUGCCCACCUUUCUCUUUUAAAGAAAGCCAUAAAUCCUUGAGUGGGUCAAACCCUAUUAACAAAUUUCAAUCACAAAAAUGGUCUCGAAAUAAAAUUAAGAGCAGCGCAUUUAAAAGUACAUUGCAUCAGCAUCCUAAGUGCCUUCUGAAAAAGAAAAGGCUUUUGCUGUUCUUUGGAAAGCAGUAAAAGAUUUUGCUUCGCAGGCACCCUGAGGGACAGAGUUCUGCAUUGUGACAUCAACAGCAGGCAAAGUCCUGUUGGUUGGAACUGCCAGCCUAAUCAUCGACAGUGUUGGCACGCAGAGCUGGGCUUCCCUAGGUGAUCUAAGUGCAGGGCUAUUGUUGGCAGUCAGUAUCUUUGGGCACUUGCCAAAGCCCACACCUUAGUAGGAGGCUUGCUGCCAAUUCCUAGAGCCUUGUGGGCCUCCACCUCCUCCCUUUCUGUGUUGCAGCCUCUUCACCUGCCCUCUCUAAGAAAGGAGAAGGAACAGUAACCUGUAUGGGCUUUGGUUUGGUUCUCCCUCUGGAAGGUGGCUUGGGCUGGGGCCAGAGAGAAAGGGAAGCAAAUGGGCAGCAACAGUGGUGGAGAAGACAUGAUAGAUACAAUUGGGGAGGGAGCCGAUUGAGAGCAUCCUACACAAGUCCCCCUACCCACACUGGCGGAGGAAGGGGGAUACUGUGGGUGCGGCCUGCCCCAGGUGUCAUCCCUGAGGGGGGGUGACAUUGCCACGCUGCCCCCUUGAGAUGCUCGCCGCGGGCAGCGCCCCUCUAGGAUGCUAGCCCCACCCCUGCAGGCAGCUAGCCCCGCCCUCUGGGUGCCAUAGCAGCUAGCUCCACCUCUUCCUACCCACACACCUGGAAUUGGCAUUAUCUAACAGUGUGAGGAGGUUUCUCUGCAAAGAUGCAGAAUGGGAAAAAAUUCACAGAACAUUUAAUGGAAAAUUUACCGGUUCUUUAUUCACUUGUGGAAAAUUCUCAGUUUCGUAAGUUCACUUGUAACAGCAAUUUUAGGCAAGCCUGGCAGUUUUCAAAGAUAUAAGCUUUGUUUGUUGAAUACUAAGGAAAAGCGCCCAGCUUUGAUUGAGUGUUCUAAGAAACGAACAAAAGAAAAAUCAGCGGUCAAAAUCAAUGCAGUUUUGAAAGGACCAGUUUGCCAUCUUGAAUAAAAACGGUGUUCAGUUAUAUCCAAACAUAGACAAAAAACCUGUUCCUUGAUCUCAGGAACCAUCAUGCAAAAUUUUGUUAUGAUAUAUCAAGUAGUGUUCAAAUUAAUAGAGAAUGGACAAAGAGACAACUUUUCAAAAGAUAUAGCAGACAAGUAAAAUGUCAUGCUAAAUAAGAUCAUUCUCUAGAGUAUCAGAAAAUUACUCUGUGCAAACUGAACAUUUUCUAAUCAAAUUACAAAUAGUGGUGUCUGUUUUCUGGGGGAGAUAAUCCAAUUCAGAAUUUUCCAGAAAACCCACAUCACUGUUUGUAUGAGAGUAAACAUGCUCCUGUAACUAGGCAGAUCCGAAGUAAUUUAGGGCUUUAAAGAUCAGUACCAACACCUUGGAACACUCAGAAACAAACAGAUCAGCCCAGUAGUGCAGUUAGGUAAUUAUUUGCUUUCUAAAAUAGAUUUUUUUCACUAGUUUUUAUAGUAACAUUAACAGUACAAAAUACAGUAAUACAACACAGCUCAGCCAUACAAUUCAUAUCGAUAUCAAUUAUAUAUUUCAUUAGUCCAAUCAUGUAGAACAUGGGUAGGCAAACUAAGGCCCGGGGGCUGGAUCUGGCCCAAUCGCUUUCUAAAUCCAGCGCGUGGACGGUCCAGGAAUCAGCAUGUUUUUACAUGAGUAGAAUGUGUCCUUUUAUUUAAAAUGCAUCUCCGGGUUAUUUGUGGGGGAUAGGAAUUCAUUCAUUUCCCCCCCCACUAUUGUCUGGCCCCCCACAAGGUCUGAGGGACAGUGGACCGGCCACCUGCUGAAAAAGUUUGCUGACCGCUGAUGUAGAAGAACAGAAAUAAAGUGCUGAUUGUGAAAUAAAUAAGUUACGCGUAGGUUCAUGCUAUAUUCGAAAUUGUCAGUGCUAUUUUCUGGGGGUACUCAGAAGUAUGCAGUUCUGGCACCUCCCCUCCGAAUGUUCAAAGUAUGGCAUUUUCCGUAACAACUUUAUUGUGAAUACUGGCACCUUUUUUUUUCCUACAAAAAAAUAAAGCAUUGGAUAUGGUAUACAAUUUACUGCAGGAAAUUCCUCUAUAAUGUUCCGUGUGAAAGGCUGGACUGCAGUUAACAUUCUCCCUGGUGGUAUAUAUGAAACACAGCUAGACCAGCGUUCAUGGAAUAGCAUUUUCAUUUUUUCUACAGUUAGGUAAUUCUAGACUUAAUGGUCUUUUACACAGCCUUUUCAGAAGGUAGCGUUUAUUACUUCACUUUCAAAUGUGGUAAGCCAGCCUUCCUCAUUUGUCCCCCCACAUCCCCAUUCUGCAGAGCAGGGACCUGGCAGGGACCUGCCAAGUACUUCCCUGUCAGCUCAGCACAGUGCUGGAUUUAUGUAUAAGCUAAACAAGCUAUAGCUUAAGGCCCCACUCUCUUGGGGGCCCCCCAAAAAAUUAAAGGAAAAAAACCACUGGAUGUACAUUUCCAAAAUAUAAGAUAAAAAACAAAUAAAAUAAAACAUGCAGCAACAGUGCCAAAUGGCUUUAGAUACCUAUUAGGUCAUGGGUAGGCAAACUAAGGCCCAGGGGCCAGAUCCAGCCCAAUCGCUUUCUAAAUCUGGCUCGCGGACGGCCUGGGAAUCAGCAUGUUUUUACAUGAGUGGAACAUGAGUAGAAUGAGUAGAAUGUGUGUUCUCGAAGCUACCAGCAUGAGUUUGACCAAACUGCGGGAGGCAGUGGAAGACAGGAGUGCCUGGCGUGCUCUGGUCCAUGGGGUCACGAAGAGUCGGACACGACUAAAUGACUAAACAACAACAGAAUGUGUGCUUUUAUUUAAAAUGCAUCUCUGGGUAUUUGUGGGGCGUAGGAAUUCAUUCCCCCCCCCAAAAAAAUACAGUCCGGCCCCCCACAAGGUCUGAGGGACAGUGGACUGCUGAAAAAGUUUGCUGACCCCUGUAUUAGAUCCAUAAAUCACCAUAUAACAUAUAUUCAACACAAAAAAACAGCGACAAUUUGUUGUUGACAAAGGACAGCUGGACAUAUAAAGGGCCCCAUUACCUUCAGUAGCUUUGGGCCUCAUCAAACCUAAAUCCGACCCUGGCUCAGCAGCACCCCUGGAUAAGCCAGGAAGGUCUUGUAUUGGAAUAAUCAUUUCACACACUUCUUUCCACUGCUAUAGUUGCUCUCUUGAUUCCUUCCCGCUCUCGCAGUUACGCUUUUCUAAUAUUGCUUGCAACGGUUUCCAAUUACAAAAGUAAGUCUGAGUGUGGCAAACAAACACUAGCGAUGCAUCCUCAGGGGACAGCCCACGUAAUUCAACUUGCAGAAACACGGGGGUGGGGGUGAGCAGCGUGCGAUGAAAGGAUCAAAGAAAAAGAUGCAGUUGCAAGAUAAAUAAAGUGUGAGAGAGAGACUUGCUUCCGUUGCCUGAACUGCAGGCAACUGGGUCUUACCCCCAACAGGUGGUUUAUUGUACCUCCUGUCAGAUGCAGCAAGCCACAGAUGGAAAUAUAACAUCUUCAGAGUUAUUAGGUGUGAUUCUGGUUUAAUCUAGGUUCAUGGGAUCCUUGAAGGUGGAAAAACAUUGAAGUCCCCUUGAAUCUGCAAAGUGGCAGAUCGGUGCAAGCCCUAGGUGUUUGUUCUGCAAGAAAUCUGGUUUCUAGGUGAUGGAGAGGAAGGAGUGGGUGGAAGAACUCUUGCAAAUGGUGCAAGCGGGGAGCAGGAACAGCCCCUCAGGCUGAGGAUCCCUACAUCUGAACACUAAAUCGCACCUCUCGCCAAUGGAAGAGCACAGAGAGUUGCAACCUAAUGUUUGCCGUUUGGGGGGCGUUGAAAGUAGACGCAAAAGGAAAAUCACACUAACUUACUAUAGAACCAGCCUUCUCCAAUAUGGGGCCCUCCAGAUGUGUUGGACUACAAUUCUCAUCGGCCCCAGGCAGCAUGGCUGUACUGAUGGUACCCCAAAACAUGGCUGGUGAAGACUGAGCUUAUGCUAGUGUCAUAGUUUAGAGUUCAGUCUACUAAACUUUAGCAUGUUUAUGAGAAUUCAAUAGGACUUCUGAGUAGACGUGGCUAGGAUUGUGCUUUUGAUUACCUUCCUACCUCUCACUUUUACACCAACAGGUUGGACCCAGAAGGCUCACCUGCCUUUUUCCACGAGGAGCCGCACCGAAAGAUCCUAGGUGCCUGGGGAUUCCAUUUUUCAGAAGCAGGUUAGAAGGACUUUUUCUUCCCACUGUUAACUUGAUUCACAUGUAGUGUUAGAAACUCAUAUAUAUAAGCUAGGCGCCAGAUGACUCCUUAAAUCAAGGUUACAGUCGCCAGAACGGAAUGUCUAGCUGCCAUUUUUGGGUAAGAUGGCUUUAAAAUCUUUAUUUUUCAAGUGGUGGGCUGACUGAUUGAUUCUCAGUUAAACAUCUGGCUAGUUCAGAUGACAACCUUGAGCUAGGUUAAGAACUUUAAGAACUUAAAAGAAGAAAAGUCACUUGAUCCGGGGCAGUCCACAUAUAUAUUGGCCUCUUCCGACCUCUUUUUCUUAGUGGGGACUGCUCCUUCUCAGGCUGCACAAAAAAAGCAUUUUGGUUCCUGCAAAUCCAUUCCAAUUGGGCAGAUAAAAUAUAACCGGUAGAAUUCUACAGCAUGCAGUAUUAGUGUGUGAAAACAGUCCAGAUCCAAUGAUCCCCAGGCAUGCACCUCCAGAUGGUGGAGAUGUCAGGCACUAGCCUAACACCCAGGCAUCUUCACUUGGUCGCAAGUGGUUGAUAGCCAGGUGCAAAAUGCGCUUGGUGCCUGGCUAAUAUUGAACACUGUUCACAUGUACAAGAGUUUUAACACUAAUGGUAUCAUGAACAUGAAUGCAUACCCAUAUGAGCAAUGUUGAGGGAAGAUGAAAGGAGCCUGAAAGGGCCAAUUAACAGACAUUGACAGGGAGCGAAGAUUCCAGUGAGUCUAUGUGGCGAAGCUGCAGCGUUUCAUAACAGAAGGCACAAGGCUUAAUUACUGAGAUGGAUGGGGAUGAUAGCUGGUGGGGACAGCUAUGGGAAUCCUACUUACAAUUCAACAAACCCAGGAUCAGGCACAAUAGGACAGGUUGCUUGGCUAGGAUCUCAGAAAAUAAGAUUGCUUAAAAAAAAAAAUGCCUUAGAGCCCGCCCAGUGUACAUUUCUCCUUGAUUGUAAUGCUCAGAACACCACCACAAAGGGUUAAGUCUCUUCUUUCCUUCUAAAUACUAAAUAAGGGUUAAACUCAGCAAACCCUCCAGAUGCUUAGAGGGGAAUCUAGGCAAAAGAAGAAGAAGAAAAAGCUUUCUUAUAAAUCUUUAGAAAUGUGAGGCCUCAAGUCUGAGCAAAUAAGCACACUCUUCCUUGUUUUCCUAGGUGUUUAUGGGGCUGGGAUAGAGAGGGAAAGCAAAACACUCACCUCACGGUUUAGUUAUAGCGACAAAGUCUGCUGGUAUCCCAUUCAGCAGCCUGGGAAGGCUGGGCUUGAAACCAGAUAGCAAGACACUGUGGCCAAAUAUGUUUCUUGGAGAUGGUUGUAGCUAGAGAGUAACCCAUCAUGAGCAGAAACGGGAAAUCCUAGCUUCCUCACGGUCCUUUUAUUUUACUACUUUGCUGAUUGCUUCCGACUUCAAAGGGUGUGUGCACGUAAAUGGCCUUUUAUAUUUGUUGUGUUCCCAUCUCAGUAUUUAAUUGCAUCUCUGUUGUGUGUAUAGAAAUUGAAGGAUGGAUGUGUUCAUAUGCGGAUUUUCCGUUUCAGGUGUUUAGGUUGUCUGUGGUCCUUUUUCUGUUUUUGAGUAAGUUUGGUGCCAUUUGUGGUUGUUGUCUAUUGAAGGAAAAAAAGCAAGUAAUUAAUUAUUAGUAUUUAAUUAUCAGUGUGCUUGGUGCUGCACAAAUUGACAAGAGUUUCUGUCCCUAAGGAACCUACAGUCUAAAAUUUGACCUAAAGGUAAGCAACAGUGGAAGUGGAGGCAGGGGAACAUAAUAAAGAAAUAUAUGUAUAUGAGUUACACCCUUGCUGUAGGUGGGCUGUGCAGCCUUCCAGAUGUUGCUGGACUCCAGAUCCCAUCAGCCCUAACCAGCAUGGCCAAUGGUCAGUGAUGAUGGGAGCUGUAGUUAAAAAUACAUCAUGAGGGGCAAAUGUUCCACACCCAUGCUCUAGAGCAUGGGGUCCAGGAGGCUGUGCCAAAGGCUGGGUUUUGAGGAGAGGUGUCAAGUAAAGUAGGAAGAGUGUUCUAGGAAGCAGCUCCAGGUAUACAAGCCGCCAAGGGAGAAAAUGUGAAGGUUUUUUGGUUGGUUGGUUGGUUGGUUGGUUGGUUUGAAGGACCAGGAGACUUUCACAUUGUGGUGGGUGGUGGAGCUUCAGGAACCAAGUUCAUGAGCAGGGAAUGCAAUUUUUACUCUCUCUUCUUAAAGGUUUCCUGAAAUCUUAGUUUAAGCUACAUGUGGGCUUUUGGGUCAAGUGAAAAAUAUUACACACACACACACACACACACACACACACACAGAUGCCGCUGGUGCUCUCAAGGUCUUCUCCUGCUGCCCAUAAAGCCUCCUAAGGUGGUGAAGCUGGCUACCUUUUUCUCCCUUGAAAAGCACAUGGAACCGAAGGAGGAAGUUAGAAGACUGACUCUCUUUCCCACUUCCUCUUUCAUCUCUAUGCGCUUCCCAAAGCUCAGAUUAAUUCUACUGGAGGUGGCCAGGGCGGGUGCCAAGAUUAAGGGGGAGGUUGUCAGCAUUUAAAGACUCCUCUGGAGGCAUUGGGCUCUACUAGCCUGUUGUACCAGUGGAAGCCAGUGCAAGGAUUCCCGCUAGCACAAUGCGAAUUUUCACCUGUUCACCUCCUGCUUCCACCCUGCACAAUCCCCAAAUCUGUUCUGGAGGGAUGGGGGAACACCCAGACCAGAUUUUGGGUGGUGUUGGCAGAAGGAAGGAGGAGGUUCCCUUGCACAAGGAAAACCUUUCCACUGAUGCAACCUUUGCCAUAGCACUAGGCUGAACACAACCCAUCCAGCAUGAAUCAUUUGCGUUGCUUUUUGUGUCUUGCUUCGUCCUCAUGAAGACAUUAACUUGAGUGCUUUAUUCAUGCUUUAAAAAGAAUUUUAAAAAGAAUUGGCUAGGUUGCCACUACUUGAAGUAAGCAUCACUUAGAGCUCAAUCAGACUUUGGUGCCACAUUUCUAGGUUUGCGCUUUAAAGCUCUCCCUGCAAAAGCUUGCUCUGUACCUCUAAAUCAGAGUAAAUGGCAUCUGCAGAAAACUUGAUUUGCAAUUAGUUCUGAUUCUGCAUUAAGGAGUGGGUUUUCUUGGGGAAAGUGAUGGGGCAUGGUGCUUAAAAGCAUGGAUGUGUGCCUAGAAAGUACAGGGCAAAAGCUAAGUGUGGAUGAGCCCUUAGCUGCUGAUGGAAAAAAGUGUUAUACAAGAGCCUAGGAGAACCCCAAGCCCUAUCUGCUUUAUACAUUUAAAGCAGUACUCAUACCACUUUAAACAGUCAUGGAAUCCUGGGAACUGUAAUCCCCCCCCCAUAAUUUUAAUUGUUUUUCAUGUUAAUGUAAGAACAACAUGUAAGUACAGUACAGUGGUGCCCCGCAAGACGAAUGCCUCGCAAGACGGAAAACCCGCUAGACGAAAGGGUUUUCCGUUUUUGAGUUGCUUCGCAGGACGAAUUUCCCUAUGGGCUUGCUUCGCAAGACGAAAAUGUCUUGCGAGUCUUGAGAUUUUUUUUCACUUUCCCCCCCUUUUUCUAAGCCACUAAGCCGCUAAUAGCCUUUUAGCAGCUAAGCCGCUAAGCCGCUAAGCCUUUAAUAGCCGCUAAACCGCUAAUAGCGCUAAUCCGCUAAGCCGCUAAUAGGGUUGCCUCGCGGAACGGAUUAAUUUCGUCUUGCGAGGCACCACUGUAACUUGUCCAGUGGUAGGUACAUUCUUAUUAAGUUUCAUAUGCAGUACACAAGGAAUACAGUGGUACCUUGGAAGUCAAACAGAAUCCGUUCCGGAAGUCUGUUUGACUUCCAAAACAGGUCGGAAACCAAGGCGUGGCUUCACGAUUGCAGCCAAUUGGAAGCCAUGGAAGUCACGACGGACGUUCGGGUUCCAAAGAACGUUUGCAAAUUGGAACAAUCACUUCUGGGUUUGCGGCGUUCGGGACCCAAAACGUUCGUCUUGCAAGUUGUUUGAGAUCCAAGGUACAACUGUAUGUUUAUUUAUGCAUUAUCAAGUAUCCUCUCCAUAGUGUUUCUUGUGUUGGGGGUAUAAUAAAAGUAUCUUCUGUCUCAUUUAUAAAGGAAAAGAAAGGAAGCCAAAUCUCACCAAAAGUGUCUGUCCUUUCAGUGCCUUUAAUUACCCUCCUAUGCCGAGUAAAGCAUUCCGAUAGCCACGUCCCAAAUAUUAUUUAACCAGAUUUCAAUGGGGAUUUGGGAACUGUAGUUUAUUACGGGUGCUGGUUGUUUGUGCCAUAUAUGACAAUGUUUUCAGUGUGUUCUAGAUGCCCCUGUUCCAUAAAGUACCUAAUAUGUAUAUUGCAUAUGCGGUGGUCUUGAGUCAGAGAAGUGUUUUCUUUUGCUCUAGGCUCUAGAGAUGUAAAAAGUAUGCUGUUGUCACUCCCUUCAGCCAUAUAAUUUUAAACAUAGUUCCCAACUCCACCCAGCUUACAGACAGACUAGUAGUGCAUUCUUGGUCUUAUUUUUGGCAGACAAGGUUGUGUUGGUGGUCCAUGGCUCACUGUGUUUUGGCAGGGCUGUGGUACGACUGCCUCCGUUUGGUGCUGUGUAAGGCAUAUUCCCCGGAAAGAGUCAUCUCACCUCUCUUAGCUAUCAUCAUAAUCAGUUAACGUCCAUUGCCCUUUGAACAGACAGCAUGCUAUGACUUUCUAGUUGAGAUUGCCCAGAGCUGGACACUAGGUAUAUCCAGGGGUUCCCUCCCCAGCAAUUUGAGGUCAUUGGUGGGGGAGAGCUGGGACAGUGAUCUCUGGCUCCUCUCCCUCCAGCAUCUGGUUUGCAUUGUGUACGCCUGGCCCCUGGAGCCAAGGGCAUCUGCCAUAAAGCUAAAAUUAGCACAGGAUGUUGAUCUAGUUAGCAGGAUUUGGUAACUCCAAGCUCCUGGGCUGGCUCCAGAGAUGAGUCAGUUCUCAUCCUCAACCCUGCUGCUCAGACCUCUGUGCACAUUUGAUCAGAUGCUGGUCCUGCGCAGCAAGGCUCUUUGGGACCACUUUUCUUUGCUCUGGUUUCUGCAUCGGUUGGUAGUGCUAAAGGAAAGUCUUGCUUCUUCCCCACAUCUCAGGGGUUUCCAAACUGUGGUCCAUGAAUCACUAGUUGUCUGUGAGCUUCAUUCAGGUGGUAUGUUGAUUUUUGGCUGAAGAUGGGAAGUGAUACAUGUAUUACAUGAAAUAGCCAUAUGUAUUUUUCAUUUCAUUUUCACCUUUUUUUCCCUUCUAUGGGAUCGUAUUACAGUUUGAGAUGGAAUCUAGCACAGCAUCUAGCACAGCACAUUACAAUUGCUACAAUAGGUAGUGAAAUCAUUAAGUGGCCCUUUAGGGCUCUUAGCAAUUGUCAAGUGGUCCAUCAAGGAAGAAAUUUUGGGAAACACUGCUCCAUCUUUCUUGCUGCUCUGUUUCACUUUGUCUGAGGAACAGCCUCUUUUCAGCAUUUAGGGCUGUGCAGCAGAAUAAGUCUCUUUUUGUCUCUGUUGCGCUUGUCAGCACAUGUCUCUCCGGCUAUUGGCAAAGCCACGGUGUCGGGCAAGGUUUUUUCAAGUCUUGCACAGUUGAGCUGGGUAUGGGUGGGUGUCCUUGCCUAGUGAAUCAUUUCAAUGUGUCCACUCAUCAUUGCCUCCCAUUCUGAAAUAGUGGAGGAAUAGCAAGAGCAGGCAGACCUAGACCACCGGAUAUUUGAGUUGGUAGGAUUAUACCUACAGGCUCAAAUGUUCAUAGCAUUAUAAAAACCAAUAUCCUUAUUUGUAGGACCUUCCACCCCCCUCUGUACUUCUUUUUUUAAACCAUUGGUCCAUGUUCUCUCUUACACAUCUGCUCCAACCCCCUAUGCUGUUUAGUGUGGCCAUUAAGGGAGCUGAGAUCUAGGACUUAAGUAGCUGGGAAUCUGAUUUCACAGAUCCAUAUUGCAAAAUCCAGGAUACUUAAUUUGAGUCAUUUUAAAAUUACUGACCAUUAUGCACUCCGUGUAAAUUGCAUUUGGGGGUUGAGUCCAUCUGAACAAUGAUAUCCAUGUCUCUGAGAGAUGGAAUGCACUAACGUGGUUGCUGCUGAGUUGAUUCCAUAGAAUGAAGGGGAAAGUAGCAAUAUAUGAUGGAAAUAUAAUCAACUAGGGGCAUGUCUUAUGAAAACUCCUUGGUAUGAAUGAGAACUCGGGAACCACAAUAAUGACUGAUUAUCUUUUAUUGCAUAAGCUAUAGUUGCUUAUAAGUUGAAAGCUUUUGAACCCAAAGUAAUCCCCCCCACCCAUUUUUCUCUAAUGUGGACUUGCAUAUCUAUUGAGAAGAUGCCAGAUUUCUGUGCUUAAUAUCAGAUAAGCUAGUGGGCCUUGUAGUUUUAAAACACCUUGCUUCAGGGAGCACCCUUGCUAGCCAAAGCUGGAUGUAGGAAGCAGAGGAAGUUGGAAGGGUUUUAAAAACAGCAAUGUAACUUCAGCUGAAGCAGCUUGAACCAGCAUCCACCUACUGCCAUGAUCACCUGAAAGGUGCCAAAUACAUCUUUAGGCUUUGAUCUGCUGUCCAGUUAAGUUUCAUAAUGGAGAAGGGCAGUUUAAUUGCAAAAUGGAAAAGGGGGUUAAAAACUAUGUGGUAGUACAGUGAGGAUAAAUUUAUCUUUUAAUUUACAGGAGUGUGCAGCUGGAACUAAAACUGCCUCCACAGGAAAAAGGAGGGAGAGAAAAACCUAACAGCAGCAGGAAAAAAAAGUAUAUUGAGUUUGUCAUUAUUUCAAGUAGCAAGUUAUGAUUUACAGCCUUGACAGAUAAAUUACUUACUUACUUAAAAUUAAAAAGUAGCAAAUGCUGAGUGUUCAUUUUCGAAAUUCAGACUUCACACAAACACACACACAAACUCUUAAGAAAAAAACUGCAUGGCAAGGCAGAGGCCUGUUGACUACAAUAGAACUGGAAAAGCAAAUCUAUAAUUUGAACUUGCUUCACUAAAAGACGUGCCAGAGAGGGAAAGGAUCCUUCACUGCUUUGCUGGGUACAGCUUCACAAGCCGUAUUGGGUUGUUUGGCUGUUCUGGAUAAAGUUGCACUCCCUUUGAUGGAUCAGUUGUGCAUUUGGGGAGUGCUCCUGGAACCAUCUCUGUCACUAAAAACUCCAAGUGACCUCUGUGGCAAAGAGCACCUAUGACCAGCUUUGGUUGGUAUUACAGCUUGCUCUUUCCUGGAUAGGGUAGCUUGGCCACUGUUGGUCAUGCGUUGGUAUCCGCACGCUUAGGUUUCUGUAAUGUGCUAUAUCUGUGGCUGUCCUAGCAGCCAGCACAGAAACUGCAGCUAAGUGCAGGAUCCAGCAGCUUUAGUGCUAAAUGGGGCACCCAGGUAUGUACAUACUUCACUUGUGCUGAAGGAACUGCACUGGCUGCCUAGUGGCUACCGGACAACACUCAAAAGUGUUGUUGCGGACAUAUAGAAAAUUCUGAACAACUUGGCUCCAGGAUGCGUGGCAGACUGCUUUCCCCUAUAUAAUCCUAGUCAAUCCCUACAGUCAUACAAUCAUAGCUUCAGAGGAGGUCCUUUCAAACUCUGCUUACAGCACUGCCAGUUCUCAAGGCUAGGUGCUUUUUCCUUCACCCGCUGCAGCUCCAGAACUCCCGCGCCUUCUUCCUAGCUCGUCAUUCCUGGGCUGGGGUGAUUUGCUGGCUGCACGGAAGAGAGCAUCGCACUGGGAGCAUGGAGUGCUCAUGGGAUUAUUUAUUGGCUGUUGGAGUGGCUUCAUAGCUUAGCACUUGCUGAAGGAGAUUCUGGGGCCUUCCUUAAAGAGACAGAUUUCCAAGCUUAUUAUCUCAGUGGAUCCUCCUGACCUUAAAAAGUAUGAAAUUCUGGCUGAGGCUCCAGCUGACUAACUCUCCUCCCAGAAUGCACUUGGGGCAUCCUGUGUAUGGCAGUAUUGUUUUAGCAGCGGGAGCCAUGUUCGUUUUCAGCAGCCAAACUGCUGUUAUUCAGCGCCUACAAUAACCUUGGCAGAUGUUGUUGUGGUUGCCGCGGAAACGUUUCCUUUUUGUCAUAGCCCACGUGAAAUUUAUUGUUUUAUUUAGGUCCUGACAAGCAGGUUGCAGUAGGGAAGGCCAGAGUGUCACCUCGCAAGGAGGGGACGUGUACUCAGAGCAGCCCAACCUCUUGUGUCUCCCACAAGCACCGGCUUUGGCCAGCUUUAUGCUGUCUAGUAGUGUACCGGCCCCGUCCUCGCCCUCCUCAGAAAAUACGAAAUUCCUGACUAAACCAUCCAUUAAUUCUGCAACCACAAAUCCUCAGUAUUUGAAUGGCAAAGCCAUGCCUAUAUUCACAUGUUUUAUUUAACUGGCAGACCUUAUGUACACAGUUGUAUAAUUUUAUGGUUUGAAUUUUUCCGUUUUAUGUUCUGCUUUAUUUCCUUUUUUGUCAGAGACGGGAGAGAAUUGGCAGAAAGCUGUAGGACACACAGGAACAGUUAAGAGCUGGGAAGAAGCAACAGGCUGGGCGGGAAUAAGGAGCUUGUGGGCCUGUCUCCCCAAGCCAUCUUUGCUCAUCCCUCUCUCCUCCUAGUGUAAAUCAGUCUUUCAAAGUGUGCCCAGAGCUGUUACAGUAGCUCUUGGUAUAUGUCGGUGUUGCUGUUGCAAGUGCCUCCAGGAUAAACUACCUAGGCUGUGGCAAAAAACACACACAGCCAUCCCAGACUCAUAAGAAACCCAGAGCACUUUUUAAAGCAGAACUGUCUUUCAAGGCCUUCCUCCCUGCACAAGGCAGGGCAGUUGUGGCUUAACAAGAGCAGUGCCACAAUCAGUGUCUCACAGCAGUCUAAAUGGUUGGGGCAGUCCAGAGUCUCAACAGAGGGGCAACAUUAGAGGAAAGGUCCAGUGACUAGCUAGGUGGCAGGGCGGCACAAGUCAGGGAAUCCUAGAAUCUUAGAAUUGUAGAAUUGGAAGAGACCCUGAGGGUCAUCUAGUUCAACCUCCUGCAAUGCAGGAAUCUCAGCUAGAUCAUACGUGACAGAUGACCAUCUAACUUCUUUUUAAAAACCUCCAAGGAAGGAGAGUCCGCCACCUCUCGUGGGAGUCUGCCAGAAAGUUCUUCCUGAGCUCCUUUCAAAACCAUUGGUUCGGGUCCCACCCUCCAGAGCGGAUGAAAACACAAGCUUGCUCCAUUCUGGUACAGAGAUGUUGUUCGUGCAACCAUAUGUUACUGGGGCAAAGAUGUUGUGCCUGGAACAGAAGGCUUUUAAACUCGAACCUUCACAUUGCUUGCAGGUUUGGUCUACUCUUAAGGAGUGGCUUACUCACCAGUGUUUAUUUACUCUCAAAGAGCCUUUGUUCUUCAGAUGGGCACUUUGGCAUUUGGCAGUCAACUGAGCCUGCCCCUUUAGGACUCAAUGGCAGCUUGGCGUCUGCCUGAUUCCAAGAUAGGGCUACCUUUGCCACGGGAAGAAGGUUAUAUCGCCAUUUUUCCUGAGGACCCGGGACCUUCCUAGUCUCCCUCGCAGUCUCUUCUCACAGAGUAGUUUAGUCUGGGGCGCCCCAAAGAGAAUUCCUCCAGCAGGGGUAUGGCACCUAUGAGACCCUGAUCUCCAUUACUGGUAUUUGACAUGAGAAAUUUGAGGUGCAUAUCCGCCAAAUACAGUUCCCCUAUAUAACCCUUGAAAGGGGUGGAUGUUAGAAAGUUCAUUUUUCUUAGACCCAUGUCUAGUCAAGUCGCAUCACCUUCUAUUCUUUGGCACUAGAGUGAACUAGUUGCUUCCUUUGGACUGAGAUUUUUGGCUCCCUCAUCUCAGAGUUGACAGUGCCAUGGCACAAGUAAUGGGGGAAGUUGCUCCUGGUGCCCUAAUGUAGCAAGGAUGAAGAACCUAGGAUCCAAUGCUUCCCUCCUGGACUUUCUAUCUGGCCCUCAGAAUUCUUCCCAGGCCACACCCCUCUCUGGUGAGCUGCACAUAUCCUAAGUGCUUUCGCCUGACCAGAAUGUGUCCUUUCACUCUGAUAAUGCCUUUUGCUUACCCGGAUGGGGGAUAGAGAGGUGAGUGUGGAGAAACUAACCUCUAGUACAAAGGUAGACAUCUAUAUUUGUUGCUCUGCCUAUUUUUUGCCCAGUGCUUUAUCUGGAAAAAGUUCAUCUGCCAUCACCCUGUCCUGCAGAAAGGACUAUCUGUUCACAUGGCUUUAGCGGUUAUUUCUUGAAGCAAGGUAUGAUGACAGUGUGUUUCAGUUCUCCAAGUGAUAAGUGUAUCAUUUCCUAAAAACUUUCCCUGCAAAGGAGGCAGGGGUGCCAACUGGAAUAAAACAUUGUGGGGGCCCAGGUAUGCCCCACCCUGCAUAACUGAUCACAUGACAUGGUGCACGCACACCAUUUGAAUGGCAAUGUCCAUCAACUUUGGAGGCGAGCCUCCAGCCCCCUCAAAAAUGUUAUUGCAAGGGCCGAAGCCCCUAUGGCCCCUCGGAGUUGGCUCCUAUGAAAGAAGGUAUGGGGUGGGAAAAUCAACGCAAGUCACUCUCAGUUUCUUGGGCCUGCACAGAUUUUGCCCUGAUUUGGUCUCUUCUGAGCUGGCUGCUGAAUCUGUCUGUUUAAACCUUUUUUUACACAAAUACUCCAUGCCUUUCAGUUCUCUUUCCUACAAGUUCAGCUUUCAAAAAGCUGCCCUCAGUGCCCCACAUUAUUUGGGAAGUGCAAGAGACUGUGAAGAGCUGUUUCUGCGUGUUUAUUACACAUAUAGACCACCUUUUCUCCCAAGGAGCUCAUGGCUCUCCUCCCGCCCCAUUUCAUCCUCACAGCAACCCUGUGUGGUAGGUUAGGCUGAGAGAUGGUGACUGGCCCCAGGUCGCCUAGUGAGCUUCAUGGCUGAGUAGGGAUCCGAACCCUGGUCUCCCAGGUCAUAGUCCAACACUCUAACCAUUACACCACACUGGGAGUGCUAGGGUUGGCAGGCACAGAAAGAGAAGGAGUUCUUGUGUCUUUAAAUAACUUGAGUAUGUGGGAGAAACUGCAAGUGCUAGCAACGACCUUCUCCAUCCCACCCUCUUCACCUGUGAUUCCAGCAUACCCUCAAAUUUCUUGGGAGUCGCAUACCAUACCCCCAUACCCUCCAUCAUUUCUCCAGUGAAAAUAGGGAUGUGCUAAGAAUAGGGAUGUGCUAAGAAUAGUGGAGGGACGCGGGUGGCGCUGUGGGUUAAACCACUGAGCCUAGGACUUGCCGAUCAGAAGGUUGGCGGUUCAAAUCCCCACGGCGGGGUGAGCUCCCGUUGCUCGGUCCCUGCUCCUGCCAACCUAGCAGUUUGAAAGCACGUCAAAGUGCAAGUAGAUAAAUAGCUACCGGUCCGGCAGGAAGGUAAACGGCGUUUCCGUGCGCUUCUCUGGUUCGCCAGAAGCGGCUUAGUCAUGCUGGCCACAUGACCCGGAAGCUGUAUGCUGGCUCCCUCGGCCAAUAAAGCGAGAUGAGUGCUGCAACCCCAGAGUCGGUCACAACUGGACAUAGUGGAGAAUAGGGACACUUGGAGGGUCUGUUCCAGGGCCCUGUCCUGUUAUCCCUGUGCUGCUGAUGAAUAUCAUGAAAACUAGCAUCAGGAGAGAAGGGGUUUGAGGCAGUGAAGGAGCAAACCUGGGGAUCAGAGAAAGAUCUGGAAAAGCUGUGGCUGAGAAAUGCAGCCAGAGAGGGAAGGGUGGAGAGGAGGGAAAGUGGGGAUGUGCGUGGGCCUUAAAAAAUGGCUCUUAAGAGUCAGAGUGGGCCCUUCCUGUCCUUAAUCCCUUAACAGUGGUAAUUGCAAUUAGCCCUAUUAGCACUAAUGGGUCUGAGUACAGGGCUUUUCUCUCCAUGCCCAGCAGAGAGAGUGGAGUGCUCUUGAGCAUUGCAAAGUAAGGCAGAGGGAUCUGCCUGAGCAGGAAUUAAUGAUUCUCAUGGGAGGUUCCUGCCUGCAGGGUGGUAAAUAGCAGAUGGACCAAGUGCGGGAAUGAAACUGGAAAAAAUCUUGACAGCAGAAAGUGUUGGCUCUUAAACCAAAGGAGAGGGGCUUGGAUAGCAAGAGAGGGAAACUGAGGCAUAGGAAGGAGUAUUGAUGCAACAGGUUAGCAAACAUAAAUAUCUGCAUUGCAACUGGCAGUGCUCACUCUAGAUCAGGUAUAAAGCACCUUCCUUUGUUAAGUCUUCUGUUCCAGGCACAACAUUUUUCCACCACUAAUGUCCCGUUGCUGGAACACCUUUGCACUAGUUAUAUACAGAGUCUAAAAUUAUUCAUUGCUUGUUCUGCUCUAUGCUUGUAGGUUAGGUAAGUAUUAUUAUCCUCAUACUGCAGACCAGAGGCUGAAAGAAAAAAGCCUCAUCAAAUCGUGCAGAAGCAGAAGGCAAUACAGUAUUUGAAUCGAGGGAUUUCCUGGUUCACAGCCUCAUUGCUCCUAGAAAGUCUAGAGUUUGGUACUGGGAUAUAUUUUCCCCUGAAGCCUUUGGCAAAAACCUAUUAUUAGCACAAACAAUUUUGUACACCAAAAACCUUGCUGUAACUAAGCCUAAGUAUGUAUAUCUGAAAUAAUUGAAACAAAAUAAUAAUAAAAAUCCUUCCAGUAGCACCUUAGAGACCAACUAAGUUUGUUACUGGUAUGAGCUUUUGUGUGCAUGCACACUUCUUCAGGUCUGAAAAAGCUCAUACCAAUAACAAACUUAGUUGGUCUCUAGGUGCUACUGGAAGGAAUUUUUUUUUUGGUUCAACUACGGCAGACCAUCAUGGCUGCCUACCUGUAACUUGAAAUAAUUGUUUAGUCUUUCCCUGUUUCUGUUCUACUUCAGUGUCUCCCUUGUGUUGAUACAUAGAUUUUAAGCCCCUUAGGGCUAGGUGCUGUUCCCUUGCAGUUUGUAAAGUGUUGUGUGUAUGAAAGGUGUCUUCUUGUUCUUGCUGUUUACAAACUGGCUACAUUUGAAUGAAUUUGCUUAAGUUACAUAGUGAACCCAGGUUGGGCAAUUUUAGAAUAUACUGGGCGCUCCAUCUACUCCUCUCUCCCUUUCUUUGAACUACGUAGCAGAAGUUGCCCAUGUAUUUAAAAUCCAGAAACAACCCAGAAAACUAUAUAACAUUAAUUAAAUGUGCACACCUAGAUGAACUUGGAUAAAUGCCCACCCAGAGAGAGCUUUUGCUUGGUUCUGCGCCACCCUUCUCCUAAAGUGUGUGGCAGAUUCCGAAAGAACUUCAAAAUGGCUUGUUUGGCUCAUGAAAGAAAGAUCUGAGAAGGGUUACAAUGACGGGAAAGCAUAAGAAUCAUACAUAGCUUAGGCAAGGCUAAAUCGUCGUUAAAGCUUUUAAGUAAUCUCAGGGGUCUCCACUAAAACUCAGUUUUUAUUUUUGCACAACUUAUUGAUCUGUGGAACUCACUGCCAUGGGAUUUGGUGAAGGCCUGCAGCAUAAAUGGGCUUUUUUAAAAAAGAGGGUUCUAACUAUAUUUAAUGAAGGCUAAAGGUAUCAGGGAAGGUAGCUUUCUGCUCAGGUCCUCUUUAAGCACGAAGUUGCUGGAAGCUGUGAUUGAUGAACUGGAACAUAAUUAUUGAGCAUCUCUCCUGAAGCAUCCCAAAUAGGCUACUGUUGGCGACGACUAAGGCUGGACCUUAAUUGAUACUUUCCGAGUGUUGCUUUCAGCUUCCCAAACUCCCCUUGAUGAAGUGAGCCUCCGCAGUGUGCCAGCCUGGCUGGCUCCCUUCAGAUCCCCCGCCCUUGCACUCGCUUGCCAGGAUCGCAUCCCUGUGAAAUGUGUGGAGCUCCCAGCAAUAACGCACGAAACCUUGGCACGGUGACUCUUCUCCUUUAAAUAUUAAUGGGGCUGGCACCAUCUGCGGCAAAAGGGUAUAAAUUUGCCUAACUGUUUCUCUCCACACUGCCUUUUCCCUCUGCCUUCUUGUUUGGAUGGUCUUGCUACCACCAGCAUCCCACCAUUGCCUCGCCUCUGGGCAGCUCUGGUGGAGUCCUCCUCCCCUCCUCCUCCUCCCGUGCCCCCGCCCUGUGGGUCUGUGGCUAUGGGCUUGCUCUGGGGUAAGAGGUGCAGCAAGUGCCCUGCCAACUGCUCCCCUACUUAUUCAGGUAACGGGGGACUGUCCCUUUAAGAGGCUGCAUCAUGCAAGCAUGUCAGGAUUUAAAAGGGCUGCUGUGCAAGGUGUUUAUGCACUUGGGCUGUAGACCGCCCUCCUCAUCCACUUCUCUGCUCCAGCCAGGAUCCCAACUGAAUCGGGAGCAGACUGUGCUGCUCCUCCAGGGGUUAAACCUGCCGGUGGUACUUCUCCCUUUCUCCCUCCCUCCCUCUCUCAGAGGCUGUGCAGCUGGAAUCUCGCCUGCUCUGUGGCUGGGUGUGCUGUGGCGAAAUUCCCAGUCGCUGCUCUGGAAACCAAUUGUGCCAGAGAAGAAUGUGCCGGCUCAGCUAAUCAGCCAGGAGAGUGUGAGAGGAAGAAGAAGAAGGAGAGAGAGAGAGAGAGAGAGAGAGAGAGAGAGAGAGAAGACCUGUGCCCAAAGCAUCGGUCUGUACCGCUCUGCCUAACAAGAUCUCCUUGACUCUCCCCUGUUCUUUGCAGGCGUAAAGUGGAGCAAGGACAGCAGCAUGUCCGACAGCAAGGAAUGGGCCACGCUCAGCCCAGAGGAGUUCACCCAGCUGCAGAAGUACAUCGACUGUGAGUCUUUUCCCUUCUCCCAUCUAUCUCUCUGGGCUGGCCCCACCAGGCUGGGACCUAUUGGGGAAGGACUGUGACAACAGGAAAGGUUGAAAGGGACUCCCCAUCCUAAAGCAUCAGGGAGUCAUGUGGGACAUUGACAUGCCAAAAUCUGGGUUUGCUUUGAUGGAGCUGGGGCGGUGGCAGGCGGGGAGAGGGGGGGGGAAGGUGGAAGGAACUGUCUCUCUAUGCCAAUCUGGAGGGGGCUGAGUGUAACUGAAAGGUCUGUUCACUCUGUAGCUGUCCCCGUAAUAUCAUCUUGGAAUGUCAGAGUCAGAAAUCCUGAUUUGACGGCUACAGAGAAAACAGUAUGGUCUGUGAGAGUUUAGCUGGGGGACGGCUUGCAGCUUGUGGGAGUACCUUGGCUUGCAAAGAGCAAGGUAGUUUUAGAUCCCUGUUUUCCCGCAUUGAAAUUAUUGGCCUACCCACCCACCCCAAACAGUGCUGGACAAACGUGGAAGUUGAAUGCCAAAAUUCCUAAUGCCCUGGGUUCACAAGCGUUGAAAGCCAGGAGAUAUUUGGGCCAGAACUGCUGCCUUUUUGCAGCCCACUGGUAACCCACGUUCCUUUCAAACAUAGGGCAGAGUCCUACAACCCCUGGGCACGGCAUGUAUCAUGUUUCCUACACUGUAUAAUUUCCCUCUGUUCAAUCUGUUUUCUUUGCCCUGCAGACAGCAGCAAGAAGGUGCAGGACGUGCUGCAGGAAUUUUAUGGAGACGGUAAAUUGUCUGAGCACCUUCAAGGAGAUGUGAGUAUACCCUUCUUCCCUUGUGCCCGUUCAUCUCUUGCCUUGCAAAAUUUGAACAUUUUUUUGGGGGGGGGUCACUCAUUCCAAGAAAAGAAUUUACCCCCAAAGUUCAUGUAGGCAAGGUGACCUUGCAAAGCAAUAUGCCAUCCCUUUGAACCUCUCAUGUCCCAGCUGAGGCAUACCUGGAGGUUGGCAAAACCAGCCCCCACCAGGAUGCAGGCACAGGAGGGGCGCAAAAUUCACCUAUCUAUGGAGUAUAGGAUGUAUAUGUGUGUGGCAAUACAUCACCACUGUCGUAGCAAGAUCAAACGUGGGAGAAUCUUCGUCCUUUUCACACCAUGACACAAAAGCAUUUUUUUCCGGGAGGUGGGACGAUAGAGCUCCUUGCUAGGGAUGCUAAUUUUUAACCUGUUCUUACAGAUAGGUUGAUCCUAAAGUUCCAUAGAGAUUCACUCUCCUGUCAUUUAAGACCACUAGAUCUAAUCCUGCCAUCUGGAUUAGCAGAGAGCAAAUAUUUGCUGCUUUGAAUGCAAUAGCCUUUUAGGUACUUGUGCUAUCAUGAUGUCCCGCAUCUUUGGACUAAACUUAGCUCAUUCCUUCAGCCUUUCCUCAUAGGACUUGUUCUCCAUACAGUUGACCACCUUCGCUACCCUUAUCUGAACUUGCUCCAAUUUGUCUACAUUCUUAGUAAAGAAUUGGACACAGUACUCCAAGCAAAACCAAAAAUGAAAACAAAUUCCUUCUUGUGACUUGGAAACAACAGUUCUGUCAGUGCAGCCCAGAGUCGCAUUAGCCUAUUUUGCAGCUGCCUCACGUUGCUGCCUGAUGUUCAGCUCAUGUCUGACUAUAAUCUCAAGAUCUCUUUCGCAUGUACUGCUGUUGAGCCAGGCACCCCUCAACCCUGUACUUGUAGUUUGUUUCCUAUUUGCAUUCCUAUUUACAUUUGCAUUUAGUUUGUUUCCUGUUUGCAUUUGUUCCUGUUUAAUUUGUCUGUGUCAUCCCAGUUUUUCUCUUUGUAUCUUCUGAGAUGUUAACUGUCCCUUUCAGUUUUGUAUCAUCCUCUUAACUGAUAAAGAGUCCCUUCACUGUGUCACUGAUAAAAAAUGUUGAAACGUGUCAGGCUUGGAUUCCUGCUGCAUCCCACUUGUGGCAUCCCUCCAGUUUGGUGAGGAACCAUGGAUAGCGUGGUUUUCCAAACAGUUGUGGAUCCACCUGGCAGUAUUAUCACCUAACUCACAUUUAACCAGUUUGCUCACCAAAAUAUAAUAAGGGACUUUGUCAAAUGCUUUACCGAAAUCAAGAUUCAUUCCAUCCACAGCAUUUACACAAUCUGCUGAGUCUCUACUUCUGCCUUCCUUCCUAUAAUCAAACAACCCAAGGCUCCUCUGUGGAUUAUCGUGAACCUGCCCUAUGCAUCGCAAGUCUUCCCUGUUGCUUGACCAUUGUCUCUUACUCAGCCUAUGUGAUGACUUCUCCCCUUCCUGUGUCUGCUAAUCCAAUAGCUGCCAUGCAGUGGAGCGAAUGGAGAGGAGAUUAUUUUAUUUUAUUUUUAUAAUGUUUAUUAAAUUUUCUGUUUUACAGUUUCACAUACUCAUUUUACAUCCUUAAAACAUCAAUGACUUCCCUUCUUCUCUUUCCAUGGUUCAUUUUACAUGUCUUAAAUCCCUGCAUAUUUUACAAAAACUGUCCCAAUCAGUUUCCCAUUAUAGAGAUUAUUUAUUCACUCCCGUUAAAUCAGGGACAAAACAAUUGAGGUUCUCCAUUCUCCCUUACCAUGCAAGACCACUAACGUAGCACUGACAUUGCUCAGAUCAGUACUCUGUUCAUUUUCUAUUACAACUGAAAGGAUGGGUUUCCUCACAUUCCUCCUCUUUUUCUUCUGUCGCUUUGUUCUUCUACUGAUGCCGUUGCCAGACGAUAGACUUUGAGGGCUUCAAGCUCUUCCUGAAAACCUACUUGGAAGCAGAGGAGAUCUCAGAUGAACUUUGCAGCCAUCUCUUCAUGUCUUUCCAGACUACGGCAGGACAGGCCACAGGAGAGCCAGGGGUGCAACCAAGUAAGGAGACUUCCAGCAGAAAGACUGCUAUAUUGUCUUGCUUUUGUUCAGGGGGUGCGUGGGAUCUGCACAUCCUCUGGUGGUGAAAAAACAGCAUUCCAAAAUGCUUAAAAAGUAGGGACAGAUGCUCUGCUAAGCAUCUUUUUUGGGUGGAGGUUUGACUUAGCAUCUGAUUUAUUUAUAUCCUGUCUUUUAGGACAAAUGUCCUCUCAAGGUGGCAUACACAAAUCAUAACACUUACUUGAAAACUGUUUUUUUUUUAAAAAAAAUAAACUCCUUAGAGUGAGCCCCAAAAGAACAAUAAACAGAGAUAUACAGCAGGUGAUGACAAUGAAUGAAAUGUAGCCUGAAAUAAAAAUGUCUUGAGAGUUGUUGUUUUUUAAUACAGUACAUAAAUGUGAAUGCAGUGAAAUAUCUAGCAGCCCCUAGGGUGGAGAAUUAUUGACAGAUCUCUUGCCCCUAAAGCCUUUCCUCUCUCUCCCUCCCCCCUCCUCGCUUUGCAGCCAGUGGCUUUGUUUGCGUCAAUGAUGUCUCUUGUUACUUCUCUCUGCUGGAAGGUGGAAGGCCAGAAGACAAGCUGGAAUGUGAGUAACUGAGAAAGGAUCAAGAGAAGGAUGUGGCAGCUGAGGACCCCAGUUCUUAGCCUCAGAUAUUGGGGUGGGUGGGUUUGGGGUAAACAAACACUGGUGAAAAUCUGUCCCUGGCGGUUCUUGAGGGGGGGGAAGGCUUGGUGAAGGGUUGGAAGGGAAUGGGGUCUUUAUGGAAGGUGUCUGAACCAGAAGGGAGAUGGCAGAGGUUUUUUUCCUUUGAUCUUGAAGCUUCUAGUUCUGAUCUUAUUUCUCCUCCCACAGUCACCUUCAAGCUCUAUGACAAAGAUGGGAAUGGCCUGCUCGACAGUUCAGUGAGUAGCAUGAGAUCUUCAGGAGCUAACUUUGGGCUUGUUGGCAUUGGAUAUCCUCUCCCCAUUCAUUUCCUCUUUUUCCCCAUUCAGGCAUUACAGGCUACACACCCAGCAACACGCAUCUCCACCCACAAAGCUUUUGAAAAUUUGUGCUUUUAGUAGCUGGGAUGACCCAAGCUAUUUCAGUGGCACCCACACACACGCUAAUUGACAUGAGCCCAGACAGACUUCUACAGGGAAGUUCUCUCGCACAAGCUUCGUUUUAGUGAGGCUUGCUCAGGAGAACAUCCUGGUACAUUGUUCCCUGUUGUUCUGUCUCUCACACUCCUGCCUUUGAUGGUGCCCAAAAUACGUUGCCUUCCUUCCCUCAUUUGUGGGUGCUCAUUUCCCCCUCAUAGCUUAUCUCUGGUUUGCACUUAUGUGGACUUUUCCCUCCACGCUCCCAGGAGGUCUGUAUCUUGUUGCCUUGGCACAGAAGCAUUGCUGUUUGUUUUCCAGCAUUCCACCUUUUCUGCUUUCUGUGGGAGACCUCCACAUUACCGCCAAGUUUGCAGCCUAGAGGGGCCCCAUCCUGGCUAUGAUUCCAGCCCUUCUGGGUUUCUGCUAUUUCAUGGAUGCCAUAUUUGGAAGAGGAAAUUUGGGAGCAAAAGGGAGCAAAUCUUUUUUUCAUAUUUUCUUUGCAAUGCAGUGUGGUGGAUGUGCCCUCCUGGCCCAGUCCAACUAAUGUCAGAGACCAGAGCCACACCAUAUGCACGCUCCUAUGCCUUUAACAGCUGCAUGAAAGGAAGAAAAUCAGCAAGUCAAGUUUGCUGCAUCUCCUGCUAGAACAAAGAUAGCCAUCCUAUUUUGAGCAAGCUGAGAUACGAUGCUGUCUUUGGCUUCUCCCAAUCUGUGAUACCUCUUAUCAACUGGUGUUUCUUGACUCCUGACUUUAUCUCUCUAAAUGCGCCCCAGUCUCUAACGUGCCUGGCCUUUUUUUAUGUAAGCACCUUCCUUCACCUUUAAUGCAGGCCUUAAACUAUGUUCUUAUGUAGGAGGUGGACCGCAUAAUCACACAGAUGAUGCGUGUGGCUGAAUAUCUGGACUGGGACGUCACUGAGCUUAAGCCAGUAAGUGCAGAAUACCCAUACCUGAUUUUCACUAGGCAUAUUUCUGUUCCAUCACACACAACCCACACAUACUCACCUAUGCUGGGAGAUGCUGGCUCUUGCAGUGUUUCCCAAACAUGGGUCUCCAGCUAUUUUUUGGACUAUAAUUCCCACCAUCCCUGACCACUGGUCUUGCUAGCUGGGGAUGAUGGGAGUUGUAGUCCAAAAACAACUGGAGACCCAGGUUUGGGAAACACUGCGAAUUUUGCCGUCUCUUAGAAUCUGAGGUUAAUGGAGCACACAGGGAAGCUGGAUAAGGUGUUGUCUUCAGCACAACACCAGCAAGGGGAUGGAGCUCAGGCUGCGUAGUUAUGGAGUAAAGUGUGUAUUUAGUUGGAAGAGAAGACUUCUGAUGGUUAAAUGAGCCAGGGCAGGCUAAUGAGGUUCAUAUAUGAAGUCUAGAUGGGAGUGUCCUCAUAGAGUGACCUCUCCUUUCUGCUGGCUGGUUGUUGCUUUUUUGCAGGGGACAGUGUGGUGAAGAAUACAAGCUCUUGUUUCCCCGCCCCCCUUCUCUCCAAAUAAUCUUUGCAGUUACAAAGCUUUUGGGGUUUAAGAAAGGAGGAUGGAGGAUGGAUGCUGGGGGUGGAUGUAAAUUGCCAUAUGCUGCAAAUAACAUUGGAUUCUUGGAUGCACAUUUUGGGAAGAAUUGCUUUGUCUGCUAGAUGUGCCUCAUAAAAAAUGAUCUGGGGACCAAGGCAUGGUGCGCAUGUCGACCUGUGUCGAACGGACUUCAGCAAGCCCUCCCAUGCCCUCUUCUUCUCCCAUCUCUCAUCGGCACAGAUCCUGCAGGAGAUGAUGCGAGAGAUUGACUACGACGGCAGUGGCACAGUGUCUCUAUCUGAGUGGCUCCGUGGCGGCGCCACCACCGUCCCCCUCCUGGUGCUACUUGGACUGGAGGCUGUAAGUGCACAGAGGGGCAAGGGAGAAGGAUGGGGAAGGGAGAUGGGGGCUGAGAUAAUAAGACAGGCAGACACACCUCUGCCCAUCUGAGCCAGACUAAGGUGCUGUGGUCUGGGACAGGGGGGCAUUCUGUGAUCUCCUGUACAGGAAGCAGGAAUGGUUUCUAACCACAUGUUAAUAUUACCUGGGGCUUCUUUGGAAACGAGCUUCAAGCUGCCACCCUGUUUGAUGGAUAAGCCGCAAGCUGGCUUUAUUAAAACUGGAGCAAAAGCAAAACUGCUUUUCCACUGUGUGGAUUUGAAGUGGUUGCUGCACUGUUGGAUUCCAACUCCCAUCAGCCUCCAGCUAGCAUGGCCAGUGUUUAAGGGGGGAUGGGAGUUGCAGUCCAGCAACCCCUGACACACCACAGAAUAGCCACCCCUGCUCCAUGUGGUGCUUUUCUCCAUCAUGGGGGCUUCUUGGAGGAGAGUCCUCCCUUCCUAAAAUAUUUAUUAAAAAUGGAUAUUUUUACUCUUGUAUUAGUUCAUUCCAAGGGGCCGAAGUUAUAGGUCCAUACAUGCACAUUUUGAAGGUCAUAUUAUCCCUCCCACCCCAAACAUAUGCCAACCUUUGUCCAAAAUUCUGACCCGCCUAGAACCCAUUCCCUCCCACACCUCCCGUGAGCCCUGACAUCUCUCUUCCCUUCCCAUUCACAAAACAAUCACACGCAGCAACAAAAACCAACUUCUGCCCUCACUGCCUCCUUUCCUUCGUUGCUGCAGACCAUGAAGGAUGAUGGGCAGCACCUCUGGCGCCUGAAGCACUUCAACCGGCCCGUUUACUGCAACGUGUGUGAGACGCUUCUGCUGGGGCUGCGCAAGCAGGGGCUGCGCUGCACUUGUGAGUGGCUCCCUUUGUCUUUGGGGUGAAGGUGGUCAUCUCCUCCUUUCAUCCAGUAUGGGCUUCUCUAGUUUGUGCCCCCCCCUGCUGUGGAAUGAGUGCCCUGCGAAUGUUGCGCUUGUGAACAAGGGGACCUGGGGUGGAGAACAGGAGGAGGGAGAGUCCUCCAAAUGCUGCCAUAUUUGAGGCAUCUUCAGGAAGAACUAACAAAAAAAUGAGCUUCCAGCAGCGUGGCCUGUACCACCGAGCAGAGGGCGGAGGGGUGUUUUAAUUUUCCCUAUUGGGUGAAACUGACUAGAUCAGAAAUUUCUUGUGGCCUCUGGAGAUGCAACAGGAUUGCCCUUGAAAGCCAUGCGCACCAGCACCUUUGCUCUGGAAGCCCCUGCAAUUCCGUUCUUCUCCCAACAUCUUUGCAGGCACUUCCUCUCCUAUUAAAACAACAGCAGCAGCAAUCCAACAACUUUUCUAGAAGCCUGCCUUUUAAAAUAAAAUAAAGCUGGGAUUUCCAUGAGCUGCCCAAUAGUUGCUUGCUGCUUUUAAAAAUCUGCAAGCUCCUUUAAAGCAUGGUUUGCAAUGUGGCAUGUACAUGGGGUGAGGGGGUUUACUAUUAAAUGAGCGUUUCUCAUAACUAAUUUUGUCACAAACAGUAUCCAGCAGGGGCGAAUAAUGCAUUGCCCUUGGAGAGAUUUGCAUGAUGCCCAGGCAUGGAGCGCUGCAGUUUCGGUAGUCGGAAAACGCGACAUCCGUUCAACAAUUGGUUGUGCUCUGUGUGAAACAAAAACUUAUUGGAUCCCUUGGCCUCUCAUGCUCUCCUCUUGGAGAGGUGUUCUCGGUGGCUCUGUGCUUGCAGGAUGCAGAUCGAAGGGUCAGGAAGCAGGGAGAGUGGAAGGAAAUGAGAGGCCCGAAUCUGGGCGGCAUUAGCUGGUGAUGGGGUGGGGAUUUCAUGGGGCAGUCUGUAACUGGCGUUGCAUAUUCAGUCCCUAGUUGCUCGCAUGUCAACAAAUCCAUCCUCCUUCCUUUUACCCACAGUUUGCAAGUACACAGUGCAUGAGCGCUGUGCCCGCAAAGCCCCACUGAGCUGUAUCAGCACCUAUGCCAAGAGCCGUCGUGACACCAGUGUGAGUACAGUGGGCAAAGGAGGGGAGGGCAUUGCAUCCAUAAAGCAGCCUUUGGCUCAUCUGGCUGCAUUAUUACCUAGGGUUUCUUUCAGGCUUCCCCUGUCUCUGCUUCCUCUCUUCCCCUGCCAUGUAUCCGCAGCCUCCCUCCUUUCUGUCAUGAUCUCCUGUCCAAGCAAGGGAACAGAUUGUCUCCUUCUAUAGUUCCCUCCACUGACUCUCAUGCCUUCCCUUUAGGAACUCUCUGGAUCCAUUUUUUCUAAGGAUUUGUGGGGUGCUCCCCCACUCUUCCUCUCCUGGAUGUGGAAUUGUCUUCUCCUGUCCCCAGACCACAUCUCUAGGAAUUAUUUCUUCCCUUCAGAUCUCUUAAUUCAUUCAUGACCUCCACAUCUCCUUGGCAGCGUCACCGCACCUCACAGUUCCAAAAUCAUUAGCCAAGUAAAUAGCGAAUGCCCAGCUAAUUAUAAACACUGUAGUUCUUUGCUCCUGCCCAGUUUAAUUACAUCAGUCCUCUUAACCAUCAGGAAAUAGCAUGCAAGAGCAGGGAGAGGAUGUCCUGGACAAAGGACUCUAGAGCUCUGGCUCCCAUUCUCCCCUUCCUGUUCCAAUCUUUUUAGAUCUAUCUUCUCUCCAGGGAGUCAGGGCUAGAACUUGAGAGCUGUGGGUUCUGGUUCUGCUGAUCUAGCCCGGUGGUCCCCGUCCCUCCACUUUCAUGCGCCCAUCGCUCUUUCCACUUGCAGGCACAAGCCCACAUCUGGGUAAGAGGCGGCUGUGACGGCAGCAAGUGCGACCGGUGUCAGAAGAAGAUCAAGAGUUUUCAGAGCCUGACGGGAAUGCACUGUGCCUGGUGCCAUCAGAAGGCGAGUUCAUACCCCCCAGUUUUCCCUGAUUGGAGGCAUAGGUGCCAUAAGUCAGGAAAGGCUCUUCAUUAAGGGCCUGCUUCUCAGUUAUCUGUCUGCUUGCAUUUCAAACUCCAGCUUUCCCUUCCCUCAUUUGGGAGAUCAUGAUGCAUCUCCAUAUUCUCUGUGGAGAGCCCUCUCAUUGCUUCGUUAGUUGCGGUGCAGGGUGGUGGGAGAAGCAGCAGCAGCCGGGAUGCAACUAAUGGUCCCAUCCCAUGUGCCAGAAUGGCUGUGAGAAGCGAGACUGUGUCUGAUCACAGAGUGGCCCCUUCCAGGUGUUCCUGUUACCUUGUAGGAAGGAGUCCUCCAUUGCAGUCCGGCUUGCCAAGCAUCGGAACACGGGAAGCUGCCAUGUAUUGAGUCAGACCAUUCGUCAGUUUUAACUCAGUGUUGCCUAAACACAGUUAGGCAGUAGCUCUGCAGGGCUUUUGGCAAGGGGCAUUCCCAGCCCUACCUGGAGAGGCUGUGGGGAUUGAACCUGCAGGUGCUCUACAACUAAGCUAAGACUGUUCCCUGCAUAAGCACAGCAAGAUCUGCAAAGGGCAGCAGAGGAUUGGUGGAGUAGAGGACUUGUUGGGAGGAGGAGCAUUUCUCGAGGGAGCCUGUGAAAAGGUGGGAGGUGAAAGCAACAACGGAGGUGAAGGACUGUCCUGUGGCCUAAUAAAGCCUGACUGGUUUAUGCCUUCCUGGCAUAGCGUGCCAUGUUAUAUGUAUAGAUAUUCUGCUAAGUGGUUUUUGUGUGUGUUUUAUAUGUAGGCAGAACUCUCAUUUCAUCAGUUAAAAGCAAUCAUCAUAUUUGUCUUGCUUCAUGGUUCAGAGAGCAAAAUCACAAAUGCUGUUCUUGAACUGGUGUUCUAGGUAAAAGGAAGAGAUUGCAUUCGAGGCUUUUGCAUUUUGCAGGUCGGAACUCAGAAUAAACUUUUGUGUGUGUGUGUGUGUAAAAUCUCUCUCUCUAGAUCCAUGACGAGUGCAUGUCUCUCAUGCCUUCAGCUUGUGAUUGCGGGGUCCUCAGAGAUCAUAUCCUGCCACCUUCAGCAAUCUACCCUGUUGUGCUGGUGAGUGGCUUAUUGAAACACAUGGUUUAUACACAAAAUGUUUGCACACGUGUACACCCCCCCACAACGCCUAUGCGCAGAAUAAUAGAGUUGGAAUCACAGCUGUCAAGGUGGACACAAAUGACAGGAAAGAGAGUUCUCUUCUGAAGCCCAUUGAUGCAGUCUGCUCACUAUUGCUUUUAAAAGGUUUGGAGGCAGUGCGAGGGAGCAGUCACUGCCCAUAAUGUACGUUGUUUCCUGUGUCCUACCAUAGUAUCUGAUCAAGCAGUUUCAUAAGUUCUCAUUCUGCUUCCAGCUAAAGCACUAAAGCACACCCUUAGAAAUCAUUGCGGCUGCAAUAGAUUGUGUUUAUAUCUGGGUGCAAGUCCUAUUGUUGAGAAUGCCCAUUCUGCAUACAGCAUUUCUUCUUCAGCCCCUAAGCACUGAAGUAAUUUUGGAACUAUUUUUUUUAAGGUUUUUAAAUAUGUAUAUUUCUAUGUAUGCUUAGUAUGUGAAAGGGUACCCAAUCACAGGGGCGGGGUACAAAUAAAUAACAACAACAAUAAUAGUAAUAAGUAGUAGUAGUAUUACGUAAAGGUGUGGGGUUCAGAGAAAACAUUAACUCUGCCCCUCUGCAAUGCUCUGUGUAUUUAGGAUGAUUUUUAAAGUUUGCCUCAGGAGUGAAAUUGACUAGACCAAAAGCUGCUGUUGAUAUGGUCCAGUUUAAGACAAGAUGGCAUAAUUUCAGCACUGAAGUAAAGUGCAUAUCACCACAUUUCUGGCACAUGCAUAUAAUCCUCAGAAUCUGCUUUUGCUCUGGAGAUAGUACAGGAGAAUGCACACAGGGAGCACAUUAAGUAGGUGUUGAAGGAAGAGGAGGAGCAAGCUGCAGGUCUUAAUGUACCCAUCCACUUGCUUGCUUGCUUGCUUGCUUGCUUGUGCUGAGCCUUCCUCCAGCAUUGGACCCCAAUGGUUUUCAUCCCAGCAACAGCCUUAGAGCUGUUGUGGUGCUACUUCCCCUGCUGAUUCUUGCCCCUUUCUGUGUCCCAGGAGCGACAGAACAGUCAGAAGAACGGAGUCUGUGGGACCCCUUCAGAAGAGCCAGCUCAGCCCUUCACCACCCCUGAGGGACAGGCACUGCGGGUGAGCCUGGGGAAACUGGAAGGGGGGUGUUGCCAGGUCCCCACUUACUGUUGAUACCCUGUUGGCGCUGAGGUCCUGUGCUAGUCUGAGCAAUGCCUUCCGCAUUCAUGUUAGUUACAAAUAACCCAGGAAGUUGGCAGCAGAGGGAGGUUAGUUAAUACUUAAAACAUCCCUUGCCCUCGAGCUGAAGCACAUUGAAGUCCCUCUCAUGCUGUUUGUGCCAUGUGUGAAAUUUGGUAAUACCAGUGAGAGAAUAUACAGUGGUACCUCGGGUUAAGUACUUAAUUUGUUCCAGAGGUCCGUUCUUAACCUGAAACUGUUCUUAACCUGAAGCACCACUUUAGCUAAUGGGGCCUCCCGCUGCUGCCGCGCUGCCGGAGCACAAUUUCUGUUCUCAUCCUGAAGCAAAGUUCUUAACCUAAGGUACUAUUUCUGGGUUAGCGGAGUCUGUAACCUGAAGCGUAUGUAACCUGAGGUACCGCUGUAAUCUGUUCUCCCCCCACAUAAACUGUACAAGUUCCAAUUUCUGCUAUGAUUCUUUGUACCUUGUUAUAACCUAUCCACAAAAUAUUUUGAGUACAGCAAAUCCUCUCUUAUUUGUCUAUAAUCAUCAUUAAUUUGGGUUAGCGGAGUUUGUAACCUGAAGCGUCUGUAACCCGAGGUACCACUGUACUGAAUAUUCGGUCCGGUCAGUGCAGGGUUUUAGGGUUUGAUUUUUUUAACACAGCUUAAGCUCAAACUGCUUUUGAACCAUGCAUGGAGGUCACCCACUCAAAUCCUCAGCAGCUGCUGUUUGCUGAAGCAGAAGACUUGCUGGGUCAGAGGGCUCAAUUGCAUUGUAACCCUAAACUAGUUCUGACUGCUGUGGCUUUCCUCCAGGGACUCUGGGUAUGAUUGCUUAGUGCAGGGUGCUGCAGAAUAAUUGCGAACGAUCCCUAGACCCUUCAGGAUUAUAAAACACAAAAAACAAAACCACCCCAAUAUAUUAGGGGAUAGGAAGAACAACUAUGACAGUUUAAGCUGGUUUAAAAUUGCCAUGUGUGUACAGGCCCACGGUGAACCCAAGAGCUGUAUGUAUGGCUCUCCAUAGACCUCUCUGGAAACCACGCUCAUAGCAAAGGGAAGAGGUGGGUGGUUAGGGUGAUUUCAACUGUAAAGCUAAAGGACCCCUGACAGUUAAGUCCAGUUGUGACCUACUCUGGGGUUGCGGCGCUCAUCUCAUUUUACUGGCCAAGGGAGCUGACGUUUGUCCGCAGACAGUUUUUCUGGGUCAUGUGGCCAGCAUGACUAAGCCACUUCUGGCAAAACCAGAGCAUCACAUGGAAACACUGUUUACCUUCCCACUGGAGCGGUACCUAUUUAUCUACUUGCACUGGUGUGCUUUCGAACUGCUAGGUUGGCAGGAGCUGGGACCGAGCAAUGGGAGAUCACCCCGUCAUGGGGAUUUGAACUGCUGACCUUCUGAUCGGCAGGCCCUAGGCUCAGUGGUUUAGACCACAGCGCCACCCACAUCCCAUCAAUUUCAGCUGUACCCAGCCACAUCUACAUGCCUGUUUCCCAAUCCCUUCCUGUGUUGCUGAACCUACAGUGCUGUUUGCUUGUUAGCAGGAGUGGAAAAGCGAAUUUGAUCAUUGGCCAAGCUGCUCUCCAAAAACCCUUUCCAUCCGUCUUUCCGCAGAUCAUCCCGGUGCCUGACACUCACCCCUUGCUUGUCUUUGUCAAUCCCAAGAGUGGUGGGAAGCAGGGAGAGAGGUGAGAGGGGAAUGGGGUCUGAAGCAUAAAGGUGGUGGGGCAGGGGAGGUUAGAAUCAUAGAACUGUAGAGCUGGAAUGGGAUUCCAAGGACCAUCAAGUCCAACCCCCUGCAAUACAGGAAUCCUGCCCACAGCCAUCCCUGGGUGGACUCGAACCACCAACCUUCUGAUUAAGAGCCAGAUGCACUGACACAUUGUACCACAUCAUUCUUUUUUCUAGGAUGUGUGUCUUACGGUCCAUAUCAGUUUUGCUUUUGGGUGGUUAGAUGCAGUUUAUUUUUUAUGAGUUUUUUGUCUGAGGUUCUAUAGACAAUCCCAGCAGAAUAUAUCUCUUACAACAUGGAAACUCCCCCGCCCACUUCUAAUUGCCAGAAAAACUCUGGGUAAUCACUUAUACAAUUCGCAUUUGGCAAGGCUGCCAGGAGCUUGUUAAAAUUGCUUGGGGCUCCAGAUCUGAUCAGUGGGACACUAGCUGACCAUCCCUUAAUCUACGAGACCCCAUCAUUUGCAAACAUGUCCCACAAACUUGGUUUCUCCCGCAAAGCAUAUUACGAACUUGACCAAGGUGGUUUCUGAAUGGCUAUCUUUCCCCCCAUCUUAUUGGCAGGGUACUGCGGAAAUUUCAGUACCUCCUCAAUCCACGGCAGGUCUACAAUUUAUUGAAGGGGGGCCCCGGACCUGGGUGAGUUGCUGUGACCUUCAGUGCAUGUCAAUUGUGUCUUCCUGUUGUGACAGUAGAUGCCCAUGUUUCACAUCUCUUGAAGGAUAAAGCAGGUUGCUGGUGGGAAAUGGUGUGUGUGUGUGUGUGUGUGAACGAGCACAGCUGGAGGAAUUUUGUGCUCUAUAGGUGGCUUGUGAUCAGGACUGAGAGGCAGCUAUGGAACCUGUGGCUAAAACUUAAUUGUAUGCACCUUUCUCGUUCCAGGCUGAACUUCUUCCGGGAUGUGCCAGAUUUCCGUAUCCUGGUUUGCGGUGGUGACGGCACAGUCGGAUGGAUCUUGGAUGCCAUUGGUAGGUCUUUGAGACACUUUAAAGGUUUUCCUUUUCCACAGUGUGGUGUGAAUAAAGAGCCAAUCCAAAACCUCCGUUUUUGUGUCAACACAAUAACUGCUAGUUGCUUUAAAAGGGCCAAUGAUGUACCCAUCAUCCUAACACCUGGGGUUGUCUGCUAGCGUCGCUAAUGUUGCCACUCCAUGUUAUAAAGAAAAGACCGGUUUUCAUUCUCUUUUUAGACAAAGCCAACCUACCAAGUCGGCCUCCUGUGGCUGUGUUGCCCCUGGGAACUGGCAAUGAUCUGGCCCGCUGCCUUCGCUGGGGAGGAGGUGAGUAACACCAGUUGGUUUCCAUCUCAUGCUGCUAAUCACCUGGAAUCAGACCAGGUGACCCACUAGAGACUAUACUGUUUCCUUGUCCCAGCUAAGACCAUUUAGCCAUGUAGGUUUCUCCCACAGCCCUGAAUUUGACCAGUGGGUCCAUUAAUAACAGCAAGGAAGGUGCCCUGAUGUCAGGCAGGUUAGCUGAACAAGUGAGUGUACAGAGUCUCCUGAUGUUUCUCCUGGGGUUUUAGACCCUGGGUAUGAAUCUUGUGCUGUCCAAUUUCUCUUACGUUCCCUUUCUUUCUUUCUUUCUUUCUUUCUCCCUCUCUGUCUCCCUCUCCCCCUCCCCCUCCCCCUCUCUCUUUGUCUCUUUCAAAAGCAAAACCUCCGCCUCUGCAGUUUUGUGUUGAAAACAUUCAGUACAUAGCUGAUAUAGCAAUAACUCAUAAACAGUAAUGUGAUAGCAUAUAGUUCUUCCCCUGGGGCUAGGACAACCUGGGUUCAGAUUCCUGCCCGGCCACAAAGUCAUUUGCGUUGUCUACCUCACAUGGUUGUUGUGAGGAUCACCCCAUGUACCUUACCCUGAACUCCAGCAUAUGACUGGAAAGCUAAGCACAGCAGCAUGUAUAAAAUAAAGCUGCAUUUUAUAAAAAGCCUCUGACAGAUCUUGGCUCCAUAACAAAAGUGCUUUCUGUUGUGGCUUAAUCUUUCCCUUAAAUAGUAGCAACCCAAACAUUCUAGCAUGGGAAUUAGUCCUAGUACUGGAGAAAGGAAAGCACUGGAAAAGCAGCUUGAGGUUGCCUGGUUUCGUGCUCCUCUCAUCUUGAUUUGAUUACUAGACUAAGACUGUCUGGCCAAGGUGGGGGAGUGGAGCUUAUUACCAGAGUUCACACUUCCAACAUUUUAAAAAUCACAAGCCUACUCCCUCCCUCCUCAGUCUCUAAUGCAUAAAUUUCUGCCCAGGUUAUGACGGCGAGAACCUAGUGAAGAUCCUUAAAGACAUUGAGGCAAGCAGCAUCCUGCAGAUGGAUCGCUGGUCAGUCCAGGUGACGCCCGACAACCCUGAUGAGAAAGGGGACCCCGUCCCCUACGAGAUCAUCAACAACUAUUUCUCCAUUGGGGUAGUAAGUAUGAAAGGGGCAAGUGAAAAUCCCAAGGAGCGGCACUGAAGGACAGCCCUCCUCUUCAAGCCUGUGGAGGGUGCAUAUUCUCUCUCUACUACGGGAGGUUUUGCGGUCUUCUGAACUGUUGCUAUACUGGUGCCACUGAAAUCAGUGGCAGGAGACUGCAGAGAAGGGGGCAGGAGGUUUCAAGCAAGAGGGAUACAGGACAUAGCAGAAAGUUGAGAAGGACUGGAAGCGGGGGAUGGAGAGGGGACUCUGGGGAGCUGAGAGGUGGCAGGCGGUGGGAGGGUACUUUGGAAGAAGCUGUGUGGGACAUCUCCUCCCAUCACAAUGUUCCCUCUCCACCUCCAUGACACCCCCUCUUAUUUCUGACUCUGUCUUUCUCACCCACCCUUUCUCCAGGAUGCCUCCAUUGCCCACCGAUUCCAUGUCAUGAGGGAGAAAUACCCGGAGAAAUUUAACAGCAGGUUAGCACAGUACAGUUGGGGAGCACCUUCCCUUGGGUGCUGUAUCUACCCAGAAUCCUCUGCUCCAGAAUCAUGGCUGUCUUCCCCUGUGUAGCCAGUCCGAUCUGGCACUUGAGUCUCCUUAUUCAUGCAUAGGAACCUCUGCCUGUGGGGAGGAAGGGGCUUUUUGGUCCCUGGCCUCCUUGGCACACUGUCGGUGCUUUUCUGUCUCUCCCUGGGAAGCAUCUGUGGGUGGUAUGGGGCUGCCAUGUGGCCGAGAAAGCAGUUGGUUCUAAGGAGAAGGUGGUUUGGGCCAUGGAGUAGUUGGGUAGUAAAAGAGGAUGCUCUUCAGAGGGGGCAGUCUAGGCUGGCAACAUUGGUGACCUUUGGUAACAUGGUGCCCUGAGCAAGGCCAAAAUUUGGCAGCCCCAAAUGGAUCUUCUCAGUUAUGGAUCUUCUCAGUUUUGCUCCCAUGCGGUGGAACCGCCUGCACCGCCCUAAAUCUGAUGCUGCUGGCAAGUCCUGCAGGUGGAUGUGUUUGGCUGAGGCCUUCCUGGGAGAAACUGAACCCAGCCACAUGCUUUUCGUUUUUGUGUUUCGCACCCCCUUUUCCCCUGAACCAGGAUGAAGAACAAGCUCUGGUAUUUUGAGUUUGCUACAUCGGAGACCAUCUUUGCCACAUGCAAAAAGCUCAAGGAGUGCCUGUCUGUCGAGGUGAGGUUCCCCCUUGUGGCGCUCAAGUCGAACAGCUGUGCUGCAACUGUGAAAGAUGAGAGUUGCCUUUUCUGUCUUUUGCAAUGAUCUCUGCUGCAGAUUACUGGUGAAUCAGAGCAAACGUCAGUCCGCAAAAAAAAACAACGAUCGAUGUUUGUUAUGAUUUGGCAGUAAGCCACAAGUUUUCCCAGGUAAACCUCUCAGACUUGUGUCUAGAAAUCAUGGAACAAAGGGGAGUGUGGAUGAACCCUAAGGUUAAGUCAGACUCCAAGAGAUACUUGGUAUUCUUGUGAACACCAGGACUUAGGAACAACGUUGUCUCUGAGCAUGGGUGCACUCGUCAUUGAGUUGCCAGAAGCAGCUUGGGACCUGCUACACAUUUGACAUUAGGACUUCUGCAUUGGACGAGAGGGACUGCCAAGCAGGCUUGAGCUACAGCACUUUUCAUUUUAAAAAUAAGCACCACCACUUCUCCCUCUGUCACCUUUCCAUGGGCCUUUCAAGAAUUCGUCUUGAUUUGCUCACUUAGAGGUUAUGCACUACUUACCAAGCAUUUGUUCUGAUUUGUUUGAUUGGUCAUGAUCCCACACUUUUUGGUGCAUUUACCAGCCAUGUUUUGGUGUAUUUUCUAAUAACAAAAAGUCCUUUUUAAAAAAAGAAAGGCGUUUUGUUGCACCAGAUCACUUUAAUUCCUUUUCAUUGUGCAAACCUCAAUUUAUGAUAUGUGACUGAAUUUCUGCUGGAAAAUACUGACAGUCUGGAAGUGACCCAUGGAAAAAAACUACUCCUCUCUUGAUAGCUUCAUGUUGUUGUUGUUGUUGUUUUUUCUCUCUACCCUAUUAACUGCUGGUCAAGGCUGGAUCUAGAACUUAACCCUCACCUCAGUGCUGUGGGGUGGCAUUUAAAGGGACAUUGCUUGAACAAUUUGUAGGUUGGGGCAGCUGGCCAAAAUGUUUUAAACAGUUUUAAUUUUGGUUCCUCUGUUUUCUUUUCAUUGGGUUGGGGUAGGUGGUUGUUUUAAUUUUGGUAUAACUGUAAAAUUAUUAGUUUCUAUUGAUUUAUUGGUUUAUUUAUAGUCGGUAUAAGACAUUCUUUUAAAAAUAUUUUAUUUAUUUAUUUAUGUUUUUAUAUAUGCUGUAAGCCACCCAGAGUGGCUGGAGAAACCCAGCCGGAUGUGUGGUAUAUUAUUAUUAUUAAUAAUAAUAGUAAUAAAAAAGUCAGUUAUCUCUCUUGAUGAGAGAUGGUAAGCAAGAGAGAGGAAAUUUUAAAUAUGAUGUGGCGCCCUUCUAUAUUGAAUUCAUUUUAUUUUAUAGGGGUUGUGUCAUAUGAUUUAUGAUUCAUGUUUUCAGUUUUUUUCAGUUGGUUUUACCAACUGCUUUGAUAAUUCUAUGAUAUUUUUAUAAAAAAUAAAAUGAAGAAUAGAUAUAAAUAAAUAUAUUUAUAAAUAUCUAUACAAGUUUCUCUAGGUGGUAAAUUAGUUAUUGGAUUAUGAUAUUUAUAAUAUUGGUAUUUGUAGCUGUGUCCCUCUCUCUUUCUCUCUCUCUCUCUCUCUCUCUCACACACACACACACACACACACACACACACACAUAUAUAUGAGAAAUUAUAUGAAUGUAUAUGCAUUUGUUAUGUUUUUGCAGUUACUGCAUCCUUUGCAUCAAAUAAUAAAGAACACACACACACACACACACACGCGAUCUAUAUCUAUAUCUAUAUCUAUUUCUAUGAGUGAUGCUAACUCCCCCCCCCCCAUUCCUUUCCCCACCCCAAGUGCUGUGGGCAGUCUAUUGACCUCAGCGGAGCACUUUCUGGAGUAGCAGUCCUCAACAUUCCCAGCAUGCACGGUGGCUCCAACCUCUGGGGUGAGACCAAAAGACCUUUGGGGGAGGCGGCGGCACGAAGCACAGCAGGGGGUGCCGCACAGCCCCAGGUCAUCAGUGAUGCCGAAACUCUGAAGAACUGUGUACAAGGUGAGCUGAGGAAGAAGGGCAGCAGCGGGGCUCAGGUGGGUUGGGCUACUUUAGGCAGCAGCGGAUGUGGAAAGUGAGAGCAGAUGUGAAUUUUUGUGACCGUGAACGAGGAAUGGAGUGAUGCUCCACAGGUGGCAGGCAGGCUUGUAAUAUUGUGGACACUCCUGAGAACAUUGCACAGGUAGGGUUUGGCUAGGGAAAGCAGUUGUAAGUCCAGCUCCGAGGGCCUUCUGGCGGCCCCCCCCCCCCGGAAGAAGCGAAGUUACAGGGAACCAGGCAGAAGGCCUUCUUGGUAGUGGCACCCACCCUGUGGAAUGCCCUCCCACCAGAUGUCAAGGAAGCAAAGAAACACACAACUUUUAAAAGACAACUGAAGGCUGCCCUGUUUCGGGAAGUAGUAGUAGCAGUAGAAGUAAUAAUAAUAAAUUUAUUAUUUAUACCCUGCCCAUCUGGCCGGGCCUCCCCAGCCACCCUGGGCAGCUCCCAACAGAAUAGUAAAAACACAAUAAAUCAUCAAACAUUAAAAACUUCCUUAAACUGGGUUGCCUUCAGAUGUCUUCUAAAAGUCAGAUAGUUGUUUAUUUCCUUGACAUCCACAGAAUGGGUGCCACUACCAAGAAGGCCCUCUGCCUGGUUCCUUGUAACUUCACUUCUUGCAGGGAGGGAACCACCAGAAGGUCCUCAGAGCUGGACCUCAGUGUCCGGGCUGAAUGAUGGGGAUGGAGACCCUCCUUCAGGUAUACUGGACCGAGGCCAUUUGGGGCUUUAAAGAUCAGCACCAACACUUUGAAUUGUGCUUGGAAACGUACUGGGAGUCAAUGUAGGUCUUUCAAGACUGGUGUUAUGUGGUCUCGGUGGCCACUCCGUAUUUAAUGUUUGAUGUCUUAGCUUUUUAUAUGCGCUGGAAGCUGCCCAAAGUGGCUGGGUGAAACCCAGCCAGAAGGGCGGGGUAUAAAUAAUAAAGUUGUUGUUGUUGUCGUAAGUAGAUAUGGGCAAAACUUCCAAUAUUCUCCUCUUCUCCUCCUCCCCCUUGCUAUUUCUCACCUAGACCUAAGUGACCGGCGGAUGGAGGUGGUGGGCCUGGAAGGCGUCUUAGAGAUGGGACAGAUUUACACGGGACUGAAGAGCGCGGGCAAACGCCUGGCCAAGUGCUCCGAGAUCACGCUGCGGUGAGUUAGGCGGUUGGUCUGCGACGGGCUUCUCCUCCUUCUCUUGCAGUUGCCAUUGUGGCCCUCACAUGUCCUAAGGGAAAGAAAGAUGCCGGGUUGCUGGGCAACUUCCUUCCGCCCUUCCCAAAGGGUACCAGAUACAUGGUCACUGGCAGAGUGAGCGAUAACGAGCAAAAGGGGUGUCCACGGCUUAAUUAGUGCCAGGAUUCAGCCCAAGGACUUGGCUCCGGAGCAUGUGAAGUAACGAUGGUGGCCCUUUUGUGCGCAGAAUGAAAUUCUAUCAGCAAUUAUUUAAGCCCUUCACUCAAGAUGCAUUCCUAGGCUGAGCCUGCAGCACUAUACAAGCAACUCCUGCUUUAGGUGCGACCAAGCACAGGUGAACAGCGCUGAACCUGGAUGUCAUAAAGACAUCACUAAAAGGGCAGAAUGGGGACGAGGCAGAGCGCUUGGUUUUUCCAGCGGGUCUCUGAUUUCAUGCAAGCGCACCGUGACCUAGAACUCAACCCCCACGUGAAUAGGAGGUUGCCUGUAGUGUUUCAUAGGGUAUGGUAUAGUGUGAGGGUGAUCUUAGGCAAACCACUGUCUCUCAACCUCAGCCCCACAUCUGCAAUAUGGUCAUAAUAGUACUGGACUACCUUACAGGGCUGUGAUAACGAUUACUCCAAUAAUGCACGUGAAGGGCUUUGAACGGAAAUGAACGGUUUUAUUCCUUCUUAUUCCUGACGCCCGGGCCGAGUGUUAUUGCUUAUGCUGCCAAAAUGGCAUCACACACAUACACACACACACACACACACACACACACUAAGGAGGGAGAGAGCUUUUAAGAUUUGUAGAAGUAUGCAAAAUAUUUAGGGGGGAAACCUGAGCAUGCUUGGUGGGAGAAAUCAUAAAACUGAGAGGGUGGCGGAAUAGAGUGGAGUGAAUUUUGAAAGAGGGCAUCACUGAUUGAUUAAAUCAGUGAACAGGAACACUGGGCAGCUCAGUUGGUUAGAGCAUGGUGCCCAUAAUGCCAAGGUUGCAGGUUCGAUCCCUGUAUGGGACAGCUGCAUAUUCCUGCAUUGCUGGGGGUUGGACUGGAUGAUCCUCAGGGGUCCCUUCCAACUCGAGUUUAUAACAGGACAGGGCUGCCUACUGCAACAUAUUGUUGCAAAGCCCACUUGUAAAUUCUUAGUAGUAUAGGCUGGCUGAAGCAGAAAAUCCAUUAAGAGAAGCAGCCACUCACCUGCAGAAGUCUGUGUCUCAUGUUUCCAUGUUAGCAUCUGCUCACCAUUCCCUCUCUGUGUGCUUUUGCAGAACUUUCAAGCAUCUCCCCAUGCAGAUUGAUGGAGAGCCCUGGAUGCAAGCCCCAUGCACGGUAAGCACCUAGUACCUGGCUGGGGAACUGGAUUCCCCACCCCCAUGGACCACAUUUGUCCAGUGGAAGAGGCUGUUCACCUGUCAGUCACCUGAUGCAAGCAUGAUGUUAGGAGAAGCAUUUCCCUUUGCCAUCUGAUUGAAGUCAAGCUGCGCUGCUAAGAUGGAUGCCUCUAGCCAGUCCCACAGAUCAGCUCAUUGGCUCUGAUUGCAACCCUUGCUUUUGGCAGGGAUCAGCUGCACUCAGGAGUUCCAAUCGCAAUGGCACCAAAUUUUUACAAGCCCCACUCACCAAGGGCUAUUUGCGAGCACCCUUUAAGGCUACCAAUUGUUCCUUUACCUGCCCACGCCUGACAUCACAGGUGGGCAUGCUUUGGGGGAAACAGCUUUGUGGGUCGAAUCAGGACCCCUUUCUGAAGCUGCCCAGUCAGGAAGCUGCUUCUCACCUCACCGAUACAGAUCGCGCCAGCGUAAGGCAAAUCCCAAAGCUGCUGUACAUUAGUUCCUGAGAUGCGGAGCCUGUUGGGGUAUGGGACCUGAGAUGCUUUGUACUUCUUUCACUGAUAUGGAUGCUAUGUUUUGCUGGGUCGAAAAAGGGACGCAGCCAUUGCCUUGCUCUACCAUUGCAGGGGCACUAUGGCAUGUUAAUAGAGUCCUUCUUAAGUGUUGCCACACCCUGUUUUCCUGUGUUUCCAGAUCAAAAUAACCCACAAGAACCAAGCCCCAAUGCUCAUCGCUCCACCUCCCCGAUCCUCCAGCUUUUUCGGCUUGAAGAAGGGACCACAGGAGCCCUAA